GGCUAGGCGGUGCCUCGGGUGGCAAGGCUGGCGAGCUGGAGGCUGAGCGAGCUGCCGGGGCCAGUGAUGGUGCCGGAGAGCCGGGAGCACAGCGUGGCAAUCAGUGUGGCCGGACUCACAGCAGGUAAUGGGGCCGGCAGGGGGCGCUAUGCUGGCAGUGGGCACACAUUGGCACCGGGCAGGGGGCAGGCUGGGAGUGGGCUGCUGGGAGUGGGCACACAUUGGCACCGGGCAGGGGGCAGGCUGGGAGUGGGCUGCUGGGAGUGGGCACACAUUGGCACCGGGCAGGGGGCAGGCUGGGAGUGGGCUGCUGGGAGUGGGCACACAUUGGCACCGGGCAGGGGGCAGGCUGGGAGUGGGCUGCUGGGAGUGGGCACACAUUGGCACCGGGCAGGGGGCAGGCUGGGAGUGGGCUGCUGGCAGUGGGCACACAUUGGCACGGGGGGGAAGGCUGGGAGUGGGCACACAUUGGCAGGGGGCAGGCUGCUGGCAGUGGGCACACAUUGGCACGGGGGGGCAGGCUGGGAGUGGGCUGCUGGCAGUGGGCACACAUUGGCAGGGGGCAGGCUGGGAGUGGGCUGCUGGCAGUGGGCUGCUGGGAGAGGGCACACAUUGGCACGGGGGGGCAGGCUGGGAGUGGGCUGCUGGCAGUGGGCUGCUGGGAGUGGGCACACAUUGGCACCGGGGGGUAAAAAGGGCUGGGCUGCCCUGAGAGAGGCCUGGCUGUUAAUGCUGGACUACAACUCCUAUCAUGCUGUGCGAUGGGAACGGUAGUCCGGCAACAAGUGAGCGGCUCCAGUUGCCCAGGUUUAAUGGCACAUGGGGCAAAGGAUCAGCAGGAGAUACAAUGUAACUGUGAGAGAAACAGAACAUUCCAAGUUCUCACUGUGAGAGGGCACAACAUGAGUCUGCUGGGGUAAGGGCAGAAGGCACAACAUGAGUCUCCAGGGGUAAGGGCAGAGGGCACAACAUGAGUCUGCUGGGGUAAGGGCAGGGGGCACAACAUGAGUCUGCUGGGGUAAGGGCAGAGGGCACAACAUGAGUCAUGAGUCUGGGGUAAGGGCAGAGGGCACAACAUGAGUCUGCUGGGGUAAGGGCAGGGGGCACAACAUGAGUCUGCUGGGGUAAGGGAGAGGGCACAACAUGAGUCUGCUGGGGUAAGGGCAGAGGGCACAACAUGAGUCUCCUGGGGUAAGGGCAGGAGGGCACAACAUGAGUCUCCUGGGGUAAGGGCGGAGGGCACAACAUGAGUCUCCUGGGGUAAGGGCAGAGGGCACAACAUGAGUCUCCAGGGGUAAGGGCAAAGGGCACAACAUGAGUCUGCUGGGGUAAGGGCGGAGGGCACAACAUGAGUCUGCUGGGGCAAGGGUAACUACUACAAUGAUUGUAAUGCCAACAAAUAAUCCAGAAUGAAACAAUGACAAGUCCUGUGCCUUUAUGGAGAAUCAUUGCAUCCUGUCCUGUUAGUACAUGAGUAACACAGUACUGCAUAUUACAGGUUUAGCAGGUAGGGUAAGUUGUAAUUGAAGCAUGGCCACUGGAAUAACAAAGAUAUUAUCAGUUUAUUGGAGUUAAAUCAAUGAUGAUAAACCUAAUUACCUACUAGGCUGCAUCUUUUUGAAGAAUAAGGUGAUAUUUUGAAAUGUGCUUGUGAGCAGAUAGGAACAUAUUUUGUUGCUGCAUAUGUAAUGUGUCAACCUGUUGCAAGAGUCGUGCAAUAAAUGACUGUUUGUCAACUGUAUCUUUAAUUCCCCCCCACCCUUCUUCCCAUGCUGACUUCUUGUUCAUGCAAAUAACCAUAAUGCAGUGCUGAGGUUUUUCAGCAUGAAUCACCAGCAGUAAUGGGUGCAUAUUUCUGAUAUAUCUACCAGAGACACAAUGGGGAUUCAUAUUAACAGACAGUUGAUUAAACCUGAACAUCCUGUGUAUCAAAGAUGGAUUUUAUUUUAAGAUUUGAUAACCAGCAUUCAAAUGUUUAAUAAACACGUGGGCAGGAAGGCUGAUAUUUUUGACCCCUGUCUCCAAAUUAAUCUGAAUUUAAUUUUUUUCCUAGUUUACAUUAGAACCCACUUAUAAAAUAUUUACAAUGGGUUUCAUUGUUGGGAUCCUCAGUUGUUCGGAGCAGGCUCUGACAAAUGAUGUGAUCAGCAAAAGUUUAGAGGUGGAAGUGACAUCAUUUGUUCUGCUAAGCAAACUCAUUUCUAUCCUGACUCAUUUUUCUUGGUGUUUUUUUGUAAACUGUGUGGAAUGUUGAUAAACAUCAGGCUUAACUCUGAUUCACAGCAAAAUAAACCAUUUUAUGUUUGCAAAACAGAAGGUUAUGUUCAGUUGUUUGCCUUCGUUUUUAAGUAUACAAAAGGAGAGAACUUGUGUAGCCCGCAUGAUCAUUUCUGUACUAAUUAUUUUAAUAUUAUUGAUAUAUUUUAAAAUAAUACACCUGUUGUAGCAUUCAGGAGUUGAUUCACUAAACAGCAAAUUGCAGUGAAUUUAAUUCAUUGGACAUUUUGUCUAAAAGCGCCAAGUUGUGACUUUAGGUGAGUUGGAUAAUUUUUCUAAACUCGCUGUUACUGUCUAAAUAUUGCACAUUGACUUUCCGUUUGCUACAAUUUAGACUUUCUUGAAUAAAUACCCCAGUGGCUUAUCUGUACUAGGUGAAUUUUGCAGAAUUACUAGACUGAUGAUGUACACCAGUGGUUCCCAAACCUUUUAGGCUCAUGGCGCCGUUAAUAUUUUUCCAAGGCGCCCCAAGUAAAAACAAUUUUCUAGGUUGUAUGUAUGUACAGUGCUGCGGCAUAUACUGGGCCCCUGUUCUGGAGAAAUGCUUGCCGUUCAGGAGCAGAUCCAGAAUCUAAUCUUGGGAGUGGCACUGGUAGAUUAUUUAAAGAAACAACCCAGGCACAAUAAUCACUACAUUAUGAUAUGGUGGUUAUGGUGCCAGUAUUGCCCUCCCAGGGUAAGUAGUCAAACUGUUUAAGAACAGUUUGACAACUUACCUGAGGUGUGCCGGGUUAGGGGCUGCAGUGUGUGUGAGGAGUGCAUGUGCUUCUGAAGGUGGCAGUGUGUGCUUGUGAGGGGUGCAGUGUGUGUACAGGGGUGCAUUUUGUUUGUGAAGGAUGUAUUGUGUGUGUGGGGGGCAGUUUGUGCAUGAGGAGUACAGUGUGUGUGUGAGGGGUACAUUGUUGAAUGGGUAAGGCAGUGGCUGAGUGACAGGCAACAGAGGGUUGUAGUCAAUGGAGUAUAUUCAAAGCAUGGUCUUGUCACCAGUGGGGUACCUCAGGGAUCUGUACUUGGACCCAUUCUCUUUAAUAUUUUUUAUUAGUCAUAUUGCAGAAGGUCUUGAUGGUAAGGUAUGUCUUUUUGCUGAUGAUACUAAGAUAUGUAACAGGGUUGAUGUUCCAGGAGGGAUAAGCCAAAUGGCAAAUGAUUUAGGUAAACUAGAAAAAUGGUCAGAGUUGUGGCAGUUGAUAUUUAAUGUGGAUAAGUGCAAGAUAAUGCAUCUUGGACGUAAAAACCACGGCAACACUCCGAGCUUGCGAGAGAAGAACCCGGCGGAGCUGCAGGUCCUCUCUCUCUCCCCUGCCUGCUGCCGCAUUACACUGCUAGCGGGCCGGUGAGGGAGAUUUCUCAUCUCCCCUCCAAUCCUGCAGAGCCGGCAGGGGAGAGCACAGUUCCCAGUGCUAUCAGCACCGGGAAAAUAUCUCACCGUGCCCCUGUGUGAACCGCAGUUUGUGAACCGCUGAUGUACACAGUAAUAGUAUAUAAAUAUAAGGCUACAGAUCCAGGCUUACAACAGACAAUCUGUCAUCCCAGUAAGUGACAGAAUAUAUAUAUCUUAAAUGAAAUAACGUAACUGCAGAUCCUUCAAGGAGGAGAAAGUUACCUACGUGGGGAUUUGUGGGAUGACUAGUAUAAUACAGUACUGGGUAACAUCAGAAUGGUGUUGCAGGAAAGGGUUAAUAUAUUUGAAGAACAAAUGAGGAGAAAAGAAUGUCUGAGAUGUUAAUGAAUAAAUAAAAAGACAGAAGAAGAGAGGUACUUUCACUUUUUGCCGAGCUUGUGUGUACCUCAAGUCAGCCCUGGUCAUCCAUCAAAUUCACUAUUCAGGGUUUUCCAAGCUGUAACCCAUUGAUUUCAUCUGUCAUUGUGCUCACGCUCUGGAUGCAAGGAAUGUGUAUUUGUAGCAAAGAAGAUGAAAAUCCAGGAUACUGCUGGAGUAUUUGUCUGUAUGAAAAGAGUCUACUGUAAGUCCAACUUGAUUCAAGUUGUUGACAGUUAAAUUUGGCAGUUGGCAGCAACACAUUCCUUUUUGGACCCCAGCAAAUUCAUUGUAGACUGAACUGAGAACAAUUCCUCUUGUCUGAACUAUGCAGUGUAGAUUCCUUGGCUAAGGAAACAAUGUGAUAAAGUAGAUACAUUUUAUCUGUUACCCAGAAAAUGUUACUGACUUCAAAAUUAUAUAUAGAUAUAUAUCCUGAGGCCUAUUCUAGCAUCCGAGAUAGUUGUAAACUACAAUUUGUAAGAUGCUAAUCCAGUUUAAGUAGUUGCGGAAAAUCAUGAGAAAUAUAAUUGACAAAUAAUAUAAUCCGGGGUGCCAAGGAUGGGUAUUGUUGCUUUUAAAGAUCAAUGUUACAGAACAUCCAUAUUUUAGUUUAUAAUGUCCAUAUAUUGUUGCUAGAAUUUCUAGAAUUUGCAAGUAUUGUGAUAGACAAUUUUUUUUAUUAAUGUAUGAAUUGUGGGAAAUUAAAAGUGAAUACCAAGUGAUUUUAAAAUAUUAUGGCAAUUUAAAAUUUACUUUACAUUUCCAACAAUUCCCUUUUUAGUGCUUAACUCUGAUUGUGCACAUUUUAGUGACACAGAUUAUUUACAGUUUAGACGGUAUUGCAUGUGGAUUAACAUAUUCAGUAAACCUAUGCAUAGCCUAGGGUCAAAGGGCAUGGCUUGGAAAAGCACAGUGUACCGUAAGAUGUAUGUAAUGUGUCUAUUUUGGGAUAGUACUGCAAGAGCAUCAAUUUGUAACCGCUGAAAGACUACUAUUUGAUAAUGGAAUAUCUACAGCAGUACAUUUCUAAAACCAAGACACCCAACAACAGCAAAUACGCCAUAUUGUAAAGUGUGCUUAUUAUUCAAAUACAUAAUGAUGUCAUUCUAGUGAGUGUUCUAUUUCUGCAGUGUGCUAAUCAGAGUGCUAUCCAAUGUACAAAUAAAAACGAUGAAUGCAUUAUUGUGCUAUUGCAGUGCUGUGCACAAUCUUUAGAGGCUUGUAAAAUACAAGUUAUGGUCUCAAAUUAUAAUUUAAAGUGGACCUGUCACUUUUCUGUAUUUCAUAUAGCUUUACCCGAUUAUUCACUAAAGUGUGAAUUCAAAGAUAAUUUCACAUUUAAGGCCAGAGUAUCUGAACUUGGAGCGUAGCUGAUUUAGAGAAUUUUCCUAACUUUUCUUCAAUCCCAGCAGCCACCACGAAUGAUGGCUGUGGCAUUUCGUCUCUGUCUAUGGAGGUUUGCGGGAUCUUCCAUAAACCUCAGUAUUGUACACUUGUGGCUCUUGACAUCUUAAGCAACAGGAGCCGAAGGUAAUUGCUAACUGGCUUGAAAAAGGUACAAUUCUUUGAGAAUCGCUAACAUGGCGUGCAAAAGGUACAAUUCUAUGGGAAUCGCUCACAUGGCGUGCAAAAGGUACAAUCCUUUGAGAAUCGCUCACAUGGCAUGCAAAAGGUACAAUUCUUUGAGAAUCGCUAACUGGCGUGCAAAAGGUACAAUUCUCUGAGAAUCGCUAACUAGCGUGCAAAAGGUACGUUUCUUUGCAAACCAGUUUAGUGAAUGGAGAAUUACUGAUUGGCUGAGAGCCUCAGUUGACCUCUCUCAACCAGGCAGCAGCACUUCUGCCCAGUGGCACUCCAUGCUUCCUAAAUCUCACAAUUCGGAAGCCACUGGGGGCCACUUAGGGGUUAAACUGUUUGAGAAUUGGUUAAUUUAGAUGAAGUUGUUUUGGUGCCUGGAGUGUCCCUUUAAGCCCUGCCAGAGUCAGCUUAUUGGCUGAGAUUGUCGCCUUAUCACACUCGGCCAAUCAGCUAAACCCUGCACCUCUGUUCUUGUCUAAGAGUUGAGUGCUUUUGGCUGAGGGUAGUGCACAUGGUGCUUGGAAUGUUCCUAUAAGUCCUAAAAUGAAUGUAUUGGUAACAUGGUUACUCUAAUCUCUGUCUUAGCCAGUAUUAGAGUAAAUAGCUGUACUCACUGCCCAGUACAAGACACGGCAUUCUGGGAAGUAUAUAAUGUCAUGUUUAUAUCUGCUUGUUCAUAGCAAGUUACCUAAAUAAUAUCUUCCUUUACAGCAUUGCUGAUCAUAUGUCACCGGGCCAGAAUUUCAUGAUAAUACAGCUUCAGCUCUAAUUUUUCAAGCUGUCAGUUUAUAUAACCGAUAUAACCUGCUCGGUUAAAACUCGGGUUCUAAAACCAGUUCUCUAAUUGUAAGGUUGGUGGUAUUUCUACUGCUCACGGAUGUCUGUUUUACAUCUUAUUAUCAUUAAACAUAAACAAUUUCAAAUAUUUGUAUAGCCUUUGUGUAUAUUAGACUGCAGUGUGUGUGCAUGUGACUUGGUAUCAUUUUCUAGAUUGUGUGAAAGCUAUGUGUUAUCUGAGUAGCAGAUGAUGUGUUGGACAUAGUGUUCAAAUUACUAGUUUUAAGACACAGGCUUUGAUAGGUAGGACAGCCCCUUUUUUUUUUCAGACCACUCAAAUAUAGUGGGUGCCCUCCAAAACACUGCUUGUAACAUAACCACUAAAAUAAGUUGUAGUGGUUAUGGUGCUUAGAGUUACCUGGUCUUCCUCUCCCUGUACAGUGUGGCUUUAUAAGUGUACAGUGUGUAAAAUAAAUUGUCCCCAUGGCCAUUGGUUAUUGUUAUUAGUGGCAGUUAUAUUGUGCUAAUUGAUACAUACUGGCCAGAGCUUGUGGGAUGGGUUUAGUUCAACACUACAUGCAGUGUUUAGAAAUAAUUUUCCCUCAGAUGAACAAAGUAUCAUUGCUUUUCACACUGAACCCCUUAUGAUUAUACAACAAAGCACACAGACCUACAGUAAAACAAACAGCCCCUGUAUUAGCUAAAUAGUAAGGCACACACAUCUACUGUAAGUCACAUGGUACAUAGCUACAUAGGCUGAAAAGAGACAUGCGUCCAUCAAGUCAGUCUUUCACACGUUUGUUUUUGAUCUUGAUCCCCAAAAAAGGAAAAUAAAACAAACAAAAACACAGUUUGAAGCACUUUCAAUUUUGUAACAAACGUGAAAAUAAAAUCCUUCUUCAUCCGAUAAUCUCAGCCAGAUCUCUCCUUGGCUUAAGAAGCUAUUAUCUCACUAAUUACAAAUUACAUCCCUAAUCCAGUUGCGGUGUAAACAUCUGUGCAGACUAUGAUGAAACCACCUCUUCAGGCUAAGAAAUUCACUUCCUUAUUGUUCUCACUGUAAAAACACUUUCCUUUGCCUUAGACUAAAUCUCCUUUCUUUCAGUCUGUAUGCGUGAUCUUGUGUACUAAGUAUAGUCUUGUUUAUAAAUAGAUUUUUUUUCAGACAAUGGUUGGUAUUGGCCCCGAAUAUAUUUGUACAUUGCUAUCAUAAUACCUUCCAAGCACCUUUUUUGUAAACGUAACAAAUUUAAGUGUGUUAACCUUUAAUCAUAACCAAAAUUAUCCAUUCCUUUUAUUUAUUUUGUAGCCCGCCUCUGCACUUAUUUUAGUGCCAUAAUAUCCUUCUUUAGAUAAGGGUGCCCAAAAUUGCACAGCACAUUCAAGGUGUGAUCUUACCAUUUAUUUAUAAGAUCGCAAAAUUUAAUUUUCAUCCUGAGAAUGAAUGCCCGUGGCUGGCCUUAGCAACUGCUGAUUGACAUUAAACAUUUUUGCCUAGUUUGUUGUCUAUAACAAUUCCCAAAUCCUUCUUGUGUGUUGUUAUCCCUAAUUAACUACCAUUUAGGGUGUAAGUAGCUUAUGAAUUCUUUACCCGCAAGUGCUUACUUUGCAUUUAUCUACAUUAAAUUGAAUCUGCCAUUUGAGUGCCCAGACCCCAAUUUAUAUAAAUCCCUCUGCAGCGAAGCAAUAUCCGGCUCACAUUGUAUUCUUUUACAGAGUUUUGUGUCAUCUGCAAACCCUGAAACAAUACCUAUUUCAAGAUAAUGUAUAAAUAUGUUACAUAGAAGCAGUCCCAGAACAUGACCUUGAGGGGGACCACUUACCACUUUUGUCCAUCUGAAAAAUUUACCAUUAAUGACAAAUUUCUGAACUCUAUCAUUAAGUCAAUGUUCUUCUAUGGAAGAACAAGAAUAUUCAUGAACACCAAUGUUUUUUUUUUUUUGGUUUGAACACUAACCUGUUCUGUGGAACUGGAUCAAACACCUUUGCAAAAUCCAAGUAGAUCACAUCCACUGCAAGACCCUGAUCUAUACUUCUUCAUAGAAUGCAACUAAGUUAAUGUAACAUGACCUAGGUUUCAUAAGAUAAUGCUGAUUUUUGCUAAUAACAAUGUUCUUCCCAAUGAAUUCCUAAAUACUUUCCUUAACAACCCUGAAAACAUUUUCCCAGCCACUGACUGUAAGCUCACAGGUCUAUAGCUCACAAUACGAGCUUCCAGAGAAGGUACUCGCUCACACCUGGACGGCAUGCAUACAUGUAGCAAGAUGUGCACUGAGUCAAAACUUCAAUCUUGCUAACACCCAUUUCCAGUUUUCAAAAGCACCCAGUAUAGGACAGUAAAACAACAUUUAACUUGUUGGAUUAAACUCCUGGUUUUGAACUUCUUCUUUAAAAUAGGCUACUUUUAAGCAAGCUCGGAGUAAGCAAGCUCAGUGAGUAAGUUGUUGGUUUAUAUAGGCAUACAAAAACCCACACAGGUAGAAAUUAAGGGAACACUUCUCAGCCUCUCAACUCAGCAGCAGCACACAAAGAAAAACAACAACAAAUAUUAACGGUAUUAUUUUUUUUUUUUACUAUUCUUCACGUGCUCUUGCUUAGGUAUGGAAACUUUAAGAGGGAUGUGGGGGAACAAAAACUGGUGUGGGCUGGCUGACAAUGAAAUUAGUUAAAGGACUACUAUAGGCACCCAGACCACUUCUAGGUUUUAACCCUGCAGCUGAAAACAUAGCAGUUCCAGAGAAACUGCUGUUUAUACUGAAAGGUUAACCCAGCCUCUAGUGGCUGUCUUCCUGACAGCCACUAGAGGUGCUUCCGUGAUUUACACUGAGUAAAUCGCACUUAUCUGAUGCUGGACAUCCUCAGGGAGUCCAGCGUCAACGAAGAUCCCCAUAGGAAAGCAUUGAGUAAUGCUUUCCUAUGGGCGGGUUUGAAUAAGCGCGCGCCUCUGGCCGCACAUGCAUAUUCGGCUCCACUCGGGAGUUGACAUCAGCGGGGGAGGAGAGGCUUAAGGUAAGGGGCUGAAGGGGUUUUAACCCCUUCAGCGCCGAGGGAGGGAGGCUCUUCGAGAACCCAUACUACCAGGAAAAUGGGUUUGUUUUCCUGGCACUAUAGGAUCCCUUUAAGGUAAAGCUGACUUUGCGCACUAUGCAAAUGCUCUUGCUGCUUCAGUCUCUCUAACACUGUAUCGUGUUCCCUUUCUUCUACACUCACUACAUACUUUUUCUCUGUCCCAGAAUUUAUAACAGAAGCGUCUGCCUGCUAGUUAGAAGGUUAGGAGAGGAGUGGGCCAGCGAGUGCUAGGGCUGAGUCCUUAGAAAGCAUAGAGCUAGCGCAUCAUUAGAUGCUUUUAUGCCAAGCUCAGGGUGCUGUCUACACAGUAUGCCAUGGGUUGGUCAUCCUGCAUGAUUGGCAGGCAGCCUGAUGUGCAAUCACGCCAGGCUGACAAUCUAAUUCUUUGUGCUGACCCGCCCCCUUUUGGGCAUGUUUGUCCCUUUGGGCGGUUAUGGUUACGUGAUUCACAUUAGUGGCCCACCCUUUUACCCCGCCCACCGAAAUCCUGCUUCACUGGACACUGAUGUAAUUAAGCCCAUUGUAAUUAUCAGCACCAGGCCCAAUGCCGGCCCUGCCCACAAUGUUGCAUUUCUCCAAGGGUUUUGAACUCCUACUUAAAAAUAGCCUACUUAAGAGAGUAGACAUAUCAUUUUAUAGGUGCCCAAUAAACAACACGGUGACCGACUUUAAGCAACAGUCACACAGUAAAUACACAAUACGACUCAUAGCAUGUCUAGUAACACAAAAAUACACUCUAAUAAAACCAAACACACACCUGCACUGCAAAAGUCCAGUAUGGUUCUGUGUCUAUAACAAUCCCAUUAAAUAUAGUGUUGGGGGGGUUGCCAGUUCCAAGUGUCCCUUAGUUAAAUCAAAAUCUUACACUCCCCAUUAAUCUAAUUAAUAGCUUGGUUGCUAUUUGUAAGUGCUGCUUCAAAGUGUGUGAUUGGAGAUAUUCUUUUAGUUUUACAGAAUCUUCAAACAGUCUAAGGUUUUGCUAAGAGUUUUCUUUUUACUGUUACAGGUAAGAUUCAUCUGUAGGAAGAGGUUACUGAUUGCACAAGGUUUGAUUAAGUGAGGCCUAAUAAAAAGCAGUUGUUGUUGAGGGAUUCUAUCAUAAGAGGUGUGGACCAAUAAUGGUCUUGUGAGAUGUCUUCCCGGGAACUACUGCUCACAGAGACAGGAGACGUAUUUGUAAUAUUGUUAAAUGACCUCUAUAGGCACCCAGACCACUUCAGCUCAAUGAAGUGGUCUGGGUGCCAGGUCCCUCUAGUUUUAACCCUGUAGCUGUAAACAUAGCAGUUUCCUUCAGUUUCACCGAGGGUUAAUCCAGCGUCUAGUGGCUGUCUCACUGACAGCCGCUAGAGGCGCUUCUGAAGAAGAAGCUGUACGUCCAUAGGAAAGCAUUGAGUAAUGCUUUCCUAUGGGUGGUUUGAAUGCACUGGAGAAAGGUAAGUGGCUGAAGGGGUUUUAACCCCUUUAGCCCAACAGGAGGGGGGCCCUGAGUUUGUUUUCCCGGCACUAUAGUGGUCCUUUAAGCGAACAAAGCAGGAAGGGGAAUUGGAUGUACUUGUCCAUCUAGGGACAAAUGACUUGGCUUGUAAUGAGGUUUCAGAGGUAAAGGAAGUUGUUUGUGUUUUUGCCAAUGAUAUACGGCAGGUUGCUUCCACAUUGUCAUUCUCUGAAGUUCGGCCUGUGCAAAACACUCAGAACGACAGGCGGAUGCGUAUUAGGGACUUUUACUUGUGGGUUGGUGAAUGGUGUCGGGAGCAAGGAUUUGACUUAAUUUCUCAAGGUAGCUUUGUUUGGAAUGGAAAUAAACUGUACAAAAAAAGAUGGUUUGCAUCUUUCUUAAAAGGGAACAAAUGUUCUCAGUGAGCAGUUCUGAGAUUUUGUUAGGAUGUAUUUAAACUAGAUGGGAGGGGGCAAAAGGGUGAUGAAACAUCAAUCCAAUUGAUUACUGUAAGUGAAAGUUUAGGAUCCAGUGAUCAUUAGUCAGUGUGGUUUAAUAUAAGAACAGUGACUGAGUCACACCACACAAAAACAAAAGUUUUAGACUUAAAGGACCACUCUAGGCACCCAGACCACUUCAGCUUAAUGAAGUGGUCUGGGUGCCAGGUCCCUCUAGGAUUAACCCUUUUUUUAUAAACAUAGCAGUUUCAGAGCAACUGCUAUGUUUAUAAUAGGGUUAACCCAGCCUCUAAAGCCUCUAGAGGCUGUCUCAUUGAAAAUCACAGUGUGAAGACGCCAGCGUCCAUAGGAAAGCAUUAUGAAUGCUUUCCUGUGAGACUGGCUGAAUGCGCGCGCAGCUCCUGCCGUGCAUGCACAUUCAGCCGAAGAGGUGGAGAGGAGGAGGAGAGCUCCCCGCCCGGCGCUGGAAAAAAGGUAAGAUUUAACCCUUUCCUUGCCAUCCAGCCCGGCGGGAGUGGGACCCUGAGGGUUGGGGCACCCUCAGGGCACUAUAGUGCCAGGAAAACGAGUAUGUUUUCCUGGCACUAUAGUGGUCCUUUAAAACAGACUUUUCGAAAAUUAGAAUAUGUGUAAAGGAGUCAUUAUCAGACUGGAGCAAUUUAAAUGGAGUCCAAGAGAAAUGGGACUAUUUAAACAUUGUAUUGCUGAAGGCAACAGAAAAUUACAUUAGGCUUGUCAGUAAAAGCAAAAAAUUCAAGAAACCACUGUGGUACUCCACAGAUGUGGCCAAAAUAGUAAAAAGUUAGCAUUUAGUAAUAAUAAAAAAAACAGAAUGAGGAAGAUAGACAGAUCUAUAAGAUUAGGAAAAAAGUGGCUAAGCUAGUUACAAGAGCUUCCAAAUCACACACAGAAGAGAAAAAAGCACAGUCAGUAAAAAAAAUAAAAAGGGGGACAAAACAUUUUUUUAGAUACAUAAAUGAAAAAAGAAAAGUAAAACAAGGAUUAGUUAGAUUAAAAACUAAAGAAGGAAGGUAUGUAGAAGAGGAUAAAGGUCUAGCUGACUGCCUCAAUGAAUAUUUUUGUUCUGUAUUUAAAGAUGAAAAUGAAGGAAAGGAGCCUCAGUUGGGAAAAAGGACAAUGAGUUAUUUGUUACAUGUGAGUUUACAGAGGAAGAGGUUCUAUUUUAACUGUCAAAAGUAAAGACAAAUAAGUCAAUGGGACCUGAUGGAAUACACCCAAAGUUAUUAAAAGAGCUUAGUGGUCUACUAGCAAAACCAUUAACAGAUCUAUUCAACCAAUCACUGUUAGCAGGAGUAGUCCCAGAAGAUUGGAAGUUAGCGAAUGUUGUGCCCAUGCACAAGAAAGGUAGUAGGGAGGAGUUGGGCAGCUAUAGUAGUGAGGGAAGUAAUGGAAACCAUGUUAAAGGAUAGGAUUGUUGAACAUCUUAAAGCACAUGGAUUUCAAGAUCAGGGACAACAUGGGUUUACGUCAGGCAGAUCAUGCCAAACUAAUCUUAUUGUUUUUUUUUUUUUGAUUGGGUAACUAAAAUUAUAGAUCAGGGUGGUGCAGUAGACAUUGCUUACCUAGAUUUCAGUAAGGCUUUUCACACUGUUGCACACAGAAGGCUUAUCAAUAAACUGCAAUCUUUAAGUUUGGAUUCCAAUAUUGUUGAAUGGGUAAGGCAGUGGCUGAGUGACAGACAACAGAGGGUUGUAAUCAAUGGAGUAUAUUCGAAGCAAGGUCUAGUUACCAGUGGGGUACCUCAGGGAUCUGUACUUGGACCCAUUCUCUUUAAUAUUUUUAUUACUGAUAUUGCAGAAGGUCUUGAUGGUAAGGUAUGUCUUUUUGCUGAUUAUACUAAGAUAGUAUUCCAGGAGAGAUAAGCCAGAUGGCAUAUGAUUUAGGUAAACUAGAAAAAUGGUCAGAUUUGUGGCAACUGACAUUUAAUGCGGAUAAGUGCAAGAUAAUGCAUCUUGGACGUAAAAACCCAAGGGCAGAGUACAGAAUAUUUGAUAGAGUCCUAACCUCAACAUCUGAGGAAAGAGAUUUAGUAUUUAGAAAAUUGGGCAGACUAGAUGGGCCGAAUGGUUCUUAUCUGCCAUCACAUUCUAUGUUUUUAAUCAUAUGAUUGCAUGAGGAUGUGAUGCCGUCCCUAAUAUUUCAGCACGCAGUAUAAUGUUUAAUUGUAAAAUGCAUGGAAUAUAGACAUAUGCAUCUAUUAAAAUGCUUAAAAUAAAAAUUCUGAAAAAAUGCAGUGUUCGUUGCUUUGCUGGCACUGUGAAUGAAAUAUUUAUAAACUAUUUCACCAAGCAGAAUGUAUCAGAAACUGGGGAACUGGUCCCUAGCUGCGGAACCAGACGUGUCCUUAUACAGUGUCUGACCCUCUCCAGAGGUUACUUUUCAGGUCUGCCCUGGCUGGUUAGGCAGCUUCCCUGCAGUGAUUAUAACCCCUCUGAAGAAAGAGAGAGUUGUAGAUUCCCAAAGAAAUUACCUAGAACAGUGUAGCUUUUCCCAGAGUAACAUAAACAUUAACCAAGUCUGAAUGUAGAGGGUCAGAGAACAGUUUUUAAUGGGCACAGUAUAUGGCAGGGGGUAGGCAAUCAUUGGCACUCCCCUGGUGUGGACUCCAUUUCCCCUGACACUUUUAAAGCAUCAUGGCUAUAAGUGCAUUAUGGGAGAUGUAGUCCACAACAACAUCAGGAGUGCCGAAAGUUGCCUAUCCCUGCUUGAACACUGAACAUACUUCAUCUAGUCAGACGCUGCCCUCUGUCUUCCCUCAUUGUUCUCUCAUCGUCCCUUAGCUCGAUUGUCGCCUUUGAUAAGAUGCACAAGCUCUGCACUCCCAACACACAUUUCAAGGUCUCUCCGUAUUGCUCUGAGUGUUUUGUUUCUCAAAGGGCUACCCUUAUGGUGUCACUGGCUAGCUCUCAGGUGAUCAGGUGCACGUUUUCGGUUAUUGUCUUUAAAAGUUUGUAAACGGGUUGCUGCAAUAUUGGUUGCCGUGGAAGGCGGGGUUUAUUGCAGCUACCCUUUCUUUAACUUGUGUUGUAAAAAGGAGCUCUUGAGGGGAAACGUAGGAGAUGAGUCCCAAAGACCAAGAACAUUCACAAUAAUGAGAAUUGGUGUUAACAAAAGUAAAACAGGGAAAAUGGCAGGAGUUAUAUUGGGCUUGAAUGUCCUUGUAAAGCAUAGGGAGAUUGUGAUGCUGUUACAAAGGAUUCAUUGAGAUGUAUCUUGUCUUCAAGGUAGUCCUAGGGAGCUCGUGCAAAUAUAUUUGUAAUUAAACUCUUUGAAAAAGAGAAAACUCCAUUGUUUUUAUGCCCAUGGGUCUUGUAACCACCAAUACAGCAUAAAGAAUACUCCACAACAAAAAAUCAGCGACUGUAUAAAUAAAAUGAUAGUAGUACAGUUUGUAUCAUUGUGGCGGCUACAGUGCUUUACUGGUAUAUGAAGCUUUUUAAUGUAUUCCGUGCCAGAGGGUAGGCAAUUCCUCAUGUAACCUACCCUCUAGCAAUAAAACGGUGAAAGGGAAUCUGAUUGAAAUGUGUAUUGUGUGCGUGUGUAUAUAUGUAUACUUAUAAUUUGCAAACAUUGCCAUAAAGCAAUAUAAAAUCAUUUUCUGUCUUGUGUUACUGUUUUGUUCCAGGAUUAUAGCCACACUGGUGGCAGUAUAAAACUCUUUUAAAAUGGUUUUAUUUUAAAUUUUUACAUAUUUUAACAAAAAGCAUAAAAUUCUUAUCUGCCCCUCCAACCAUGCUUUCCUGUUCACAAACCAGAGAGCGAGAUCAUUAUGCCACACAGAAACUAAGCUUCACACAUAGUCUGCCCGCUCUGCGUUCCAUGGGGCCCGGUGCAAAAAUUGAUCUGUCGCCCCCCCCCACCCUCCCCCCCAGUAGUUACACCACGCGGGCCGCAACACAUGGUGGUGGGCACCUGGUCGCAGGGCGGCCGGGCCCCCUUGAGUGUCGGGCCCGGUCGCAGCUGCGACCCCUGUAUGUACGCGACUGUACAAGCACACAUACAUACAUACAGACACAUACAUACAAACACACACAGACAGAGAAACAUUCACAUAUACAAAAUAUUCUAGUCACUCUCCUGUUUCCUACCUUUUAGAUGCAGGAAGGUGACUUCCCAUGGGGUCCAGUGGUGGCUCAGCCUGAUGGCAAUCAGAGUUCCCACUCUGACUCCCUCCUCUCCUCUCUUCCUCCCGCGCAGCUCUGUCUGAUACCUGGGAGGAGUGACCGGGGCAGUCACUUCCUCCCAGCAUCUGAUGUCAUCUCAGGGUGCCCAGUCGUGCUGUUCAAGCGCCGCAGCACUGACCGGGCCCCCUGAAAAUCCAUAGCCAUUGGGUGGCCCUAAAAGCAUGGGCCACCUGAUGGGCCCCUUCACGUGCGGGGCCGCACCACAUGGCGGCUUGCACCUGGUCGCAGGGGUCUGCAGGGCAGCCGGGCCCCCUGGAGAGACGGGCCUGGUCGGAGCUGCGACACCUGUAUGUACGCCACUGUCUAUAUGUAAUUGAUAUUCUGGCUAGAACAGUGAUGAAUUUUCUUAACACACUAUUUGCAAGGGUGGGUAAGCAUCACAAGAAUUGUAGCUUACAAAUGUCUGCAUUGAAAUGAUACCCCAUCCUAGUCUACAUUGAUACAUAUCCUUACAACUCCUCGUAAAAUAGUACAUGACCUCUUAUACUACAGAUUUAUUCAUUUUUUUUGAAGGGACUUUCAUCCUUUAAAAUAAUUUAAUAUGAAUUAAGCGGUUUUGAGGUAUGGAGCUCCUAGGUGCUGCCUUACCCCAAGGGGUAUAAUGGUUUAACGAUUUUCCAAACCCCAGACUCAAAUCACGGUGCUGCUGCACGCCAUCUUGUUCAUCUGCCUGGGUAACUGUGAUUGAUGCACUCCUAUUGAUGGUUACCAGUUGAGAGUUUUUAGUACUUGAAAAACAAUUUAACCCCUUCAGAGAGUCCUUUGGAAUCUCCUCUAGGGAUCGACCGAUAUUGAUUUUUUAGAGACAAUACCGAUAAUCUGUGAAUUUUCAGGCCGAUAGCUGAUAACUUACCUUUACCGAUAUUCUGUACGUUUACCGUUUUGAAAAAAAGAAACAACUUCUACACAAAUCUGCUGUUUGCUGAACAUGUUUAUUUAAUUCUUUUUUUUUUAGCAGACCUUUUUUAACUGGUAAAUGCACAAAAUAUACAUACCAGUCAGAUUAUUUUGUUUUUAAGAAUAUUUUUUGCUCCUCUCCCCUCCCUGUCCCUUAGUGUACCUCUCAUUUCCCUUCUCUGUCCCUUAGUGUACCUCUCCCCUUCAUUCCCUUCCCUGUCCCUUAGUGUACCUCUCCCCUUCAUUCCCUGUCCCUUAGUGUACCUCUCCCCUUCAUUCCCUGUCCCUUAGUGUACCUCUCCACUCCCUUCCCUGUCCCUUAGCGUACCUCUCCCUUCCCUGUCCCUUAGUGUACCUCUCCUCUCCCUUCCCUGUCCCUUAGUCACCUCUCGUCUACCUUCCAUGUCCCUUAGUGUUCAUCUCCCCUCCAUUCCCUGUCCCUUAGGGUACCUCUCCCCUCCUUUCCCUGUCCCUUAGGGUACCUCUCCCCUCCUUUCCCUGUCCCUUAGUGCAGUGUUUCCCAACCCAGUCCUCAAGGCACACCUACCAGUCCAGGAUUUAGGGAUUACCCAGUUGUGUCUAAGGUGUUUUUACAAAGAAGAAAAAAAACACCUUAGACACAACUGGGUAAUCCCUAAAUCCUGGACUGGUAGGUGUGCCUUGAGGACUGGGAUGGGAAACACUGCCUUAGUGUACCUCCCCCCACCCCUCCCCUCCCUUCCCUUCCCUUCCCUGUCCCUUAGUGUACCUCUGCCCUCCAUUCCCUGUCCCUUAGUGUACCUCUCAUCUCCAUUCCCUGUUCCUUAGUGUACCUCUGCCCUCCAUUCCCUGUCCCUUAGUGUACCUCUGCCCUCCAUUCACUGUCCCUUAGUGUACCUCUGCCCUCCAUUCCCUGUCCCUUAGUGUACCUCUGCCCUCCAUUCCCUAUCCCUUAGGGUACCUGUCCCCUCCAUUCCCUAUCCCUUAGGGUACCUGUCCCCUCCAUCCCCUGUCCCUUAGGGUACCUCUCCCCUCCAUUCCCUGUCCCUUAGUGUACCUCUCCCCUCCCUUCCCUGUCCCUUAGUGUACCUCUCUCCUUCCCUUUCUCCCUCCCUGUCCUUUAGUAUGGUCCUCUUCCCUCCCUGGUGUGCCUCAUUAUCUCUCUGGAACCGCGGUCUGCUGCGCUCGGGCACCCUACAGGAGCUUAAGUUUCCUGUACCCAGCCAGUCUGACAGGAAAUGCUCUCUCAGUGAGCACUUCCUGGCAGUCCGGCUUUGCACUGAAGCUCCUGUACUGCGGUCAGCUCUGCUCCGCUCAGCCACACUACUUUGAGUGACUGGUGGAGGGGAGCGCUAUGUGCUUCCUUCCUGACGGUCACUCAAUUCUUGCGCCCCCCAGAGCCGCUGCUACCUAAGAUGCCCACCUUUGCCACCUUAUGGAUGCGACAGCCCUGUGUGCUCUGGGCCACUGCUGCCUAUCACAUUAUCAGCAAUAUCGGUAUCAAUAGUGGCCGAUACAGAGAUUUGCCAAAAUCCAGAAUAUCGGCUAACCGAUAAUCGGUCUAUCCCUACUCUCUUCCAUCAAAAUAACUUAAUUAAGAUGGUUUUUACGUUUUUCCCUUUAAAAAGGAAACACAGCACUUUUGUAUUUAACUUUUGCUUCUUUAAUAAAAAUAAUAAUAAUAUGAAAGUUAUUAGCCAGGACAUUUAUAAUGUAACUAGUUUUCCUAAUAUGUCCUGGGAUCCAGAUUAUUAGAGCUGCUGAAAUUAUUAGAAGAUUAGAUAAUCAGCAAAAUGAAGUCGUAGGAUGAAAUUUCCUGUACACUGAGAGACACCAACCAUUUUAUUCUUAUGUGGAUAUACCCCAGUUUCUAUGCUCACCUGAUAAGUAGGUCUGCAGAUAAUUCAAGUUGUUUUCUGCACUUACACAAGCAAUUGUGCUAGGGAUUACAUAAAACAGAUGUUAGGAAAACAUUGAUGCAGAUAUGCAAUAAGGGAGUGUUUGCCAAUUUGUGGUACUUGAGUGAAGCAAGCCUUGGCCACUCGCCAGGAUUGUUCGCGUAUCCCAAUAUUUUAACAAAUAUGUAUUUGUGAGGGUUGAGAAAUAAAAUGAAAUGUAUCAUGCUACUGGGUGACCCCUGCCAAUCAUUGUUAUAAGCUUUGCACUGAGAGAAUAUAGAGAGCAAACAAUAGCCUGAAACAAUGUUUCUAUUUCUUCUCCUUAUUUGCAAUAUUUUCCCAUGGCGUUGCCUUGUCUGAAUGCCGUUUGCUAGAUCUUUAAAGGAACAGAGCGUUACCUGUAUUCCCAAAACUAUAGUGCCCCUAUCUCUAGCUGUAUUCAGGUCCCCCCUAACCCUCCACCAUCUGCACUAAAAAUGUUCAAAAUAAAACCUUUUUACUUUAUUCCCAGUGCUGAGACUCACUUGGCGCUGCUCAGCUCUUUGCAUCCUGUGAUGUAAUUGAGUAGGCAUGGUCUCCUCUGGCAAAAGUCCAAUCCAAUACUAUUCAUAGAGGAGCAUUGAGGAACGGAUACCAAUACGCGUCGAGUGCCAAGCGUGCAUCCAAACUUCUCAAUAGGAAUAGGUUUACAGCCACUAGAGGUGUGCUUCAAUGGUCAUUUCAGACCAUUACUGAAAACGUGUGAAGAGUGUGAACUAUUAUUUUCAUUUUGAAAAAAAGUGUAGAUUUUAAUAGAAACUUUUAUAAAUUAACAUGGUUACACCCCUUUGGCUUUCAAGCAGACAAGUCCUGAUACUUCCUGGUUUGGUUAGCUCAAUUGAGCUAAACCCAAGAGGCAACAAUUGUCCAAAACACCUGCCUUGUAAAGAUUUCUAAUAGAGCUGCAUUACGUAGUCUGUGAUUGGACAGCCACAGAAAGUCUGGGCGGGGUUAGAAGGGGAGGGUUUGCAAAGGCUGCAGAUAAGAACUGUAGGUUUUGCUAAAUGUUUUUAGAUAAACCCACCAAUGAAAAAUAUGCAUUAUUAAAGAUGUGCACGUUUUAAUUUGGGGUAUAUCUACUAAACAGUGACUUAUUCAUGUUGUAUUUGGUCAGUGGAGUGUCCCUUUAACACUGCAGUUUCUAAAAGAGGUGCUGGUAGCUCUACAUCACAGGAGAGAAAGGGGUUCUGAAAACUGCCGAGCGCGGGGGAAGGGAUACACCUCACUGGAGCCAGCCAAGGCAGCAGGGGGGGUAGAAGCUAAUUGGAAACAUCAGCCCUGCUGUUCAGGAUAUAGUUAUCAUGUGCACAAUUAAGUAGAUCAUGCCCUUGCAAAACUUUAUUGUGCUCACGCCUUAAUUAAACCAUGAGCAAAAACUCAGUAUAGAGAUUUAUAAUAUAGAGCACUGAGUAAGUUCCAGAUCAGUAGCCUAAAUAUCCCUUUAAUGACUAAGAGAUGGAGGGGCGUAGGAUCCUAAGUAUUUGUCUUGGUGAGUUAUAUUUUUCAUUGUUUCUAUCGCCUUGAACGAGUCACACUAAAUUCUCUGUUCCUGUCUUAACUGUUGCUGGAAUUGGUCUCUUUAUAGCAACAUACAGACCUCUCUUCUCAAUCUCACAGUUACCCUCUUUGAUCGACAACCCAUUUCAUCUUGGCUAUUUUGCUCUCCCUGCGUCUGAAGAUCAAUUCAUUGUUUGCUAAAAUGCUUUGCUUGACAGCAGUUCUAGAAUGGCAAGUUGGAUUGCGAUUUAAAUUUGUGGUGGUGUAGAGACAGGAAAUUGACAGGAAAUGUACGUAACAACGUGCUUAUAAUUUGAAUGUGUGUUAUGUGAGCAAUUCAAUGUUUUUUUUUCUGUUUUUUUUUUGUUUUUAGAAUUGGUUGAAGUGUACAUGUAUUAAAUAUUUAGAUAGUGAUUAAAUUCUUAUUUUCUGGCUCAGUCAUCCAGCACAAUGGAAUUCAAAUUAAUUGAUAACUAAAAUUCGGAAGUGCGUGAAGUCACAUGUAUUACAUGGACAUUUACAUCCAUAAACCACACAUAGUGUUGCAGUACAGAUUUUUUUUUUUUAUAUAAAGCCUUUCGGUGUUUUAGGAGCCCAUGACAAUUGGCUGAUUGUGUUUUGACAAGACCUACAGCUUGACUAAUUCAAUCAUACAAAUUGGCAAUUCAAUGUUCUAGGUGUGGUAUUUAGGAGUCUGCUGCUGUUGUGUGUCAACAUAACAUGCCAAGAGUUUUCAACUCCAGUGAAGUAGAUUAUCAUAAGGCUGCACUCAAAGAAACCAAACCAAUUAAUACAUAACUUGAUUGAAGUAAUAACUAAUUUUGAAAUAAAGCAGUAGAUUAUGAAGCUAAGAUGUAUUGACAAGUCCACUGUGAGUCGACAACCUGUUAGCCUAUCGACCACUCUAGAAGACAAUUGAACAAUGUCCAGGAUAUAGAUAUAGAAGUGCCAACGAAUAUCAUAGAAAGAAAAUGUACCAUAGUACGUAGUCUUUGAGAAUGUAUCACUCUAUGUAAAGCACUGUCAAACAACAACCUAGAACGCCCAGGUGACUGUUCACUAUUCUAAUAUUCUUGACUGGCCAAGUCAAUAUUAAGACCUGAAUUUUGCUGUAUACGCGUUUCGCUUUCUGAAGGCGUAACUGAAGGAAAAAAUCCUAAAUAGCUGUUAAUAUUAAGAACAGGUAGUAGCUAGUAGUGGCUGCUCUCAUCGAUAGCGACAACAUGUGGGCCAGCUGAUUGCUGAUGAAGCACAGAAACACAUGUUGUGAAAGUUGUCACCUAAGCACCUUGCUGGAAAAAAAAGAAAAAAGGCUAAUUCUGAGCAAUCAAACUGAUUGCAUUAAGUACCACCCCGUAGGAAAGCAUUGAGUCAGUGCUUUCCUAAGGGGUUUUAACUGACUCUGAAUGUCCUCAUGCCGAGCGUGAGGAUGUUCAGCAUCAGUUAGGUACCCAAAACUUGCCUAAUGACCCACAAAGGCAUCCAGUGGCUGUCCUGAGGUGGCGUUAACCCUGCAAUUUAAUUAUUGCAGUUCAUCAAUAAGUGCAAUAAUUGCAGACUUAAACUGACAGGGGCACUGCACCCAGACCACUUUGAUGAGCUGAAGUGGUCUUGGUGCCAAUAGUGUCCCUUUUUAAAGGGAUAUCAUAGUCACCCAGACCACUUCAUAACAGUGUAGAGGUCUGGGUGCAGUGGCCCUGUCAGUUUAACCCUGCACUGUAAUAAAUUUUUUAAGAAACUAAGGUUAAAUUCACUUUUAGUGACUGUCAUGCUGAUAGCUACUAGAGACUGUUCAGCUGUUCUGACUGGGUAAGUAAAACUUUAUCACUUGAUACACUCGAAGUCCGUAGGAAAGCACUGAUUACAAUGCUAUGCUAUUUCCUAUGGGUAAGCUUGGGUGAGCAUGUGACACUUAUUACAUCCUCAAAUGCUCCUCUACAAGAAGCAUUGAAUUGGACCAUUGCAGAGGAGGCCCUGCCUUCUCCAUGACGCUACGUGAGGCAGCGAAGCAGGCAGUCCUGAGAGAGCCUUGGCACUGGAAUAAGGUAAGUAAAUCAUUUAUUUUAUUCAUUAUUAUGAUACACAGGUGGAUGAGGGACCUAUAUAAAAAGGUUUGUAUUCCUUAAGUUAUAGUGUUCCUUUAAACUCAUUUUGUGCUGUGUCAGGUAUGUAUAUUUCUAUGUAUUUUUUCAAAGUUAAUUUCUACUAUGUAAAGUUUUGAUUUAAACAAUACAUGCACUUUAUUUAAAGCUAUAAAAAUGUUAUGUUUUCUAUCAUGUCUGGCCUUUUCUUUAAAAGGAUACACUCUAAGCACCAGAAACACUACAACUUGAAGUGGAUUUAUCCCUUUUUUAUUGUUGUUUUCUUUUCCUUACCUUAAGCUUCCUGUAUCUUAAGGAGUAUACCCCUUCCCAUUGUCACUUGCCUUUAUUUUUAUUUAGUAUAUUUUCUUCCUUGACGUCAGCUGUUGGCCCUUUUGUGGGAUGAUUGUACUGAUGGAUUGUGGGGAAAUUUGAUUGGUAUCUGAAACAGAACUUUGCUUUAAGGCCCGCCCAUUGUCAACUUUUGUCAACUUGACUGCUAUACGCAAAGACAAGUCCCUACUUUUCCUUACGUGUGUUAUGAAAACUAGAGCUCUUAGGAUAAAAUAAAAAGAGAUUCAGACUCUGUAACCAAUAUAGAAGUAGAAUAGGUGAAGUGUGUUUUUAGUGACAGAUCCACUUUAAUGUAUUGGCUCUAGUGUAAAGAGACUAGCUGUUAAAAAGUAGCAACAAGUUUUAAACUGAAAAUUUAAGAAGACUUUUUUCUGGCUUUUGUUUACCCCUGUUUCUUUCCUUUUGGGUUCAAAGCGCUUGCUUUUUCUGACAUUAAAUAUUUAUUUUGUUUUUUCUUUGCAUUACUUCAUAAGGAUUUAGAGUUCCUUGCCUGGCAUCCUGAGUCCUUAAGGGGUGAGUUGGGACUUUAACUUUACCCCAUUUUCGGUUUUUAACUUUGACCUUCAAAUUAAUUUGUUCUUCACAGUAAAAUGGUAUGAGCUCCCUGGUUUCCAAGUCCUUUUUUUGAAUUUUGAAAAUGAGCCCAAUGUUUCUGUCUCCUGGAAUGUGUGACCUUGCUGUGCCUGGUCUAAGCUGGUUGUGAUGUCAUAAAUCUUUAAUAUGUGUUUUAAUAGAGAGUUGAGAAUAACAUGGCAAAAUGGUUAAUGCAAGCUAAAGGUGAUUUUUAAUGUUUUAUUCAGUGGUAUAAUUUACAAAUCAUGGUUUUCUGUGUUCUAAGCCGUGUCAUCAACAACUGUGAAAUCUUUGCCACAAUUGCAUAUUUAGAAAAAUAAAUAGGUUAUAGGUUGGAUGGAGUUACUUUUUCCAAUUGGAUAUAUUGGUGUAAAAAGUUUAUCAACCUACCACAACUUACGGUUUAUUGAAUAAGCCUGCAAAUACAGGUCAAUGAACCAAAAAUGGUUUCACUCAUAGAAACUUUGGGGUCGUAAAACUUUUACUAACAUUCUGUCACCGUAACCAACUCUAAAUUGUAAUUCUUUCAACGUUUAUUCUAAACAUGGUUAUUCACUCAAUUGUGAAUUGUCUAGAAUUUGACAAAUUAAUAUUCUAGAAAAAAAACUAAUUGUGAAAGACUUAAAUCUGCACUUUAUGGGGAUAGUUGAAAAACCCUGGGCAGUAGGAUGUAUGAUUGUGGUUGUGACGGGGUGGAGAAAUUCACAGCUUGAAUAUCUGUAUUUACAAAGCGGUUGCCAAUUGCAUGAUAUUCUUUGCUAAUUGCAAACUGGGCUAGCAACUCCCUCCUACUGCCAUGCCUUUCACAAUUAACCCUUUACUAACAACUUGAUUCUCAACACAAACCUUAGAGGGGCUUACUUGGAGUCCUCUCUUAUUAGAGGUGGAUUUUUGUUGGUUUUAGAUUAGUGUACUCUGUUAGCAUUUUGUUUCUGAAGUAGUGUACACAGAGAAUAACACUUGGACUUUUUUUUGUUUACCCUUUCUCUACAAUUUAGUGAUUUAAUUAAACAUUAUAUUAAAAGGCUUGUGCUUUCUGUUGCCUUAUGUCCUCAGAGAAAUUUCCUACUCGAUAUUUAUGGUUUGCAAUAUCGUUUUGGCUUAUAUAGACUCAUACAAGGAUUGUUCAAGUGGGAAUAUACUGAAUAUACUCAGGACAGCUUUAAAUGCUUUAUUCUGUUAUUAGAUGGAUAUAGUGAGUUUUUUUUGCCAAUAAAAUAAUCCUAAGGCAUGGGGAUCAUUCGCUAAGCUAGUUAUUUUAUGUAAUGUACUGACAAAUCUAAUGUUUACGCUAAAGUAGUCCGAGCUGGAAAAAUCGUAAAACUGAGGAAGUUUUUUUAAAUGUGUGUCUUUACCUCUAAAAAUGUGCUAUUUGCUGGUCAUUUUUUUUUUUUUUUUAAAUUCCUAAUUUCGAGAAUAAAUGCAUAUGUGUUCCCAGAAUGUUAACAGCAAGAGUAUUUCAACUGCAGCAAUGUGUAUUCUAAGUAGAUGCUUCAAAAUGAGAAUAUCAUUGUGAAUAGAUACAUCACAGAAGAACCCAAGGGAAGGGCGUGAAAACCCUUCAGGGUACUGGACCAAGGUGUGUUACUGAUAAGAUGUGUAUAUAUUUAUUUAUGCUACAGUGUAUUAACAUGUUGCAAAGUCAGUCAACCAUCACCCUUUGUAGAAGGCAUUUGAUAAGCUGGAAUUUAACUUCUGUCUUGAUGAGCUCUGUAGUUUAGCAAGUGAUCGUGACAGCUGCAGAUUUAAAUAUUCUAAACACAGGCACAUCGAGAAAUCUAUCCCAAGAAAACUAUUGAACAUUGACUUUUAAAGUGUUACAAACUAUUGUGUAUACUGUGAGUAGCCAUUAGCACAAGUAUAGAUGUAUAAUUCUAUGUAGGUUAUGUUCAAAAAGCAAUUAUGGAGUUUUUAAAUGGAGCAAUCACUGGGGAAGCAAAUAAAAUGUUCCUGGUGAUUGUCCAAGAACUUCUCUCAAGAACCGCUAAAUGUAUAAAAACCAUAUAUCUCUUUCGUUAAAAGUAUGCUUUAACAUUUAAAUUCUCCAUUGUACUGAAACAUUUAUAGCUAAUCUGAUUUGCGUCUGGUUGCUGAAAUUCAUUAUGAGGACAAACCAUUUAGCAAGCUUAUGUGGGUCCCCGCUGGGUUUCGAUGCUCCUUGGUUGUCCAGUGGCGUCCUUCUGGCUUCUACAGAGUCGGAGAGUUCACAGCCAUUGCCAAUUACUGGCUAAGACCGUCAGCUGACUCCUCGGCCAAUGAAAGCAAUUCUGUGCAAUUACAGUUGCACAGAAUUGAAAUUAGCCAGCCCGAUAUUCUAGUUCUGGGUUAUGUAAAGAAGCCCCAAUGAUGUUUGCGGAGCUGGAAACCCUGUAUGUGCAGUGUUUUGUAGUUUAAAUGCUGCUCAUACAGACUCCAGGCACUAUGACCACGUCAAAUCACUUUGGUUGUCAUGGUACUUGGAGUAAGUGUUUAAAUGCACACAUAUCACAAGUGGUAUGCAGGGGGUCGAUUGGACUCUGACAUCAUAGACAACAUUGGGCCGACCGGACUCUGAGCACCCACUUACAUUAGCAGCUUUGGAUAUCGCUACCUGUCUCUUGUGGAAGCGACUCAAUUCAGGGUGUGAUGUGUUUUCAUAGUCCUCUUGAUGUACCUCCAUUUGUGGAUGAUAACCUGUAUACAUUUGCAGUUACUAGAGGUAUUGCACAGGAAGAUGCUGUAUUCUGAUGAAUUCGGGUUGGAUAUAUUUAGGGAUAUCUUUGUAAACCUUGAGAAGCGAGUAGUUAUAGAGGAGAAAGUGACAGAAAAUCCAACAGUCUUAUUGGUAAUAUAAUACUGUAACCGCAUGUGGUUCCCUUAUUUACCACUAUAAUGUCUUAAAGCAUAGAACUUAGUAGGGCUAACCAUACAGAUAUCUUAGCCAUAAUUUUAUAUAGUUAGUAAGAGAUCCUCUAUUUAACAUAUAUAAAUAAUUGAGAAUACAAUAUAAAAUAAGGAUUGUCUUGGAAGCAAUAGUUUUGUCUUUUUGGAUAUUUAUUAUAUAAAAAUAUAAAUAUAAAAUCCAUUAUAGCAGAGUUUAUAAGAUUAAAUUACAUGCUUGCAAAUAUCAUUAAUAGUUUAGCAUACCCUUCUGAACAUGUCAUCAUGUCAGCCUCUCUGUCAUUUUAAGAUGGAGCAGCGUCUGUCUCCAAGUCUCUCCUCUGUGUCUUAACAUUUAAAAGUACACCUAUUUAUACCUAAGGUGUCUCCAUUUUAGGGUUGCCGUAUUUCAUUUACUUUAUUCAUUUUAGGACCUCCCUUAAUUUGGCAAACAUACAAGGCCAUAACUAAAGGGUGCAAACGUCAUGGAAAUUUUCUUGACUUAGUUCAAUAUGGCAUCUUAAAGUCUGAAUAGGUUAUCUGUUGUUUAUACUAAGUCGUAAGUAGAGAUUCACGGAUUUGGGGAAGUUCCAUUAACUUGGGGUUACCACAGUAUAUUGUGUACUGCAAGAGUCGUAGCGUAGCCUUGAAGCUUGUUUAUGCAUUAUUGUUAUUGUAAUUCGUCUGGGACAAAAUGGUGCAAACAUAUUAUGCACUGAGGUUAUUGCUUAACCCCUUAAGGACGGAGCCAAAUGUACACAUUGUGAACAAAACAAAAUGUAAACAAAACCUGGCAUUUGCGCUACAUGUCUGUCCAACCGUAAUACACCUCUUUCAUAGUAAAUGCACCCACCCUUAUUAUAUAUCAUUUUAUUCAGGGGAAACAGGGCUUUCAUUUAAUAUCUAAUAUUUAGCUAUGAAACAUAAUUUAAUAUGAAAAAAUGGGAGAAAAUACGAUUUUUUUGAUUUUUUUAGUUCUAAAUUGCAUUUUAAAGGUCAGUGUCAUAAUACUGUUUGAUUUUACUGCAAUAAAAUACACAUAUUUGUAUUUAGUAAAGUCUCACGUGUAAGACAGUACCCCCUAUGUACAGGUUUUAUGGCGUUUUGGGAAGUUACAGGGUCAAAUAUAGCACGUUACAUUUGAAAUUGAAAUUCGCCAGAUUGGUUACGUUGCCUUUGAGACUGUAUAGUAGCCCGGGAAUGAAAUUUACACCCAUAAUGGCAUACCAUUUGCAAUAGUAGACAACCCAAGGUAUUGCAAAUGGGGUAUGUCCAGUCUUUUUUAGUAGCCAUUUGGUCACAAACACUGGCCAAAGUUAGCGUUAGUAUUUGUUUGUGUGUGAAAAAUGCAAAAAACGCCAAUUUUGGCCAGUGUUUGUGACUAAGUGGCUACUAAAAAAGACUGGACAUACCCCGUUUGCAAUACCUUGGGUUGUCUACUAUUGCAAAUGGUAUGCCAUCAUAGGGGUAAUUUUCAUUCUUGGGCUACCAUAGGGUCUCAAAGGCAACGUAACCAAUCUGGCGAAUUUUAAUGUGAAAAAAAUGAAACGCAAGCCUUAUAUUUGACGCUGUAACUUUUGAAAACACCAUAAAACCUGUACAUGAGGGGUACUGUUGUACUCGGGAGACUUCGCUGAACACAAAUAUUUGUGUUUCAAAACAGUAAAAAGUAUCACAGCAAUAAUAUUGUCCGUGUAAUGCUGUUUGUGCGUGAAAAAUGCAAAAAACGUCACUUUUACUGGCGAUAUCAUCGUUGUAAUACAUUUUACUGUUUUGAAACACUAAUAUUUGUGUUCAGCGAAGUCUCCCGAGUAGAACAGUACCCCCCAUGUACAGGUUUUAUGGUGUCUUGGAAAGUUAUAGGGUUAAAUAUAGUGCUAGCAAAUUAAAUUCCCUUUACUUUCGGCAUGGGUUGUCAGGCAGGUCCUGCUAAUUGUAAUUAAUUAAGAUACCUAAUUAUGUAAAAAUAUUACAUAAAUAUACAUGUAGAAUUAAUAUAUGUAUAUAUAUACGUAUGUGUAUAUACAUGUAUAUAUCUAUAUAAUUUUUUUUAAAUAUUUUUAUUUAUAUAUAGGUAUAUAUAUAUAGUGAUAUAUACGUAUAUAUUUAUGUAUAUAGAUAUAUAUAUUAUUUCGUUCUACGUGUAUUUUGAUAUAUAUAUAUAUAUAUAUAUAUUAAUUUCACAAAACAGUUAGAACGAAAUAACACACAUCUAUAUAUUUUUUAAUUAUUUUUAAUUAUUUUUUUAAUUUUAUUUUUUAACGUAUUUACAUUUUUAUUUUUUUUAUAUUAUAUAUAAAUAUAUAUAUAACAAUAAUUAUAUAUAUAUUUAAUCAGUAUCAGUCUAUGUGUAAUUUGAUAUUAAUAUAUAUAUAUAAUUAUAUAUAUAUUAAUAGUAAAAUACACCUAGACGGUGUAUGUGUGUGUAUGUAUAUGUGUAUAUAUAUACUUAGAUCAUAUAUAUAUAUAUAAUAUAUACAUAUGAUCUAAGUAUAUAUAAUUAUUUUUUUUUACACCAUUAACUUAUUUUUAUUUUAUUUUCAGCCAGCAGGGGGACCACCUGUCAUUACAGGCAGCCCCCCUGCCGGCAAUACAGAAGCCAGCUAUCCCCGGCCAUGUGAUUGUGGGGUCCUCGCUAGGACCCCACUCUCACAUGGCCGGGGGGCUUCAACGAGGACGGAUGUGCCGCGGGGGGCUCCCUGGGAGUCCCCCCCACCGCGAUCGCCGGCGUGGGACCGCCGGCGACCGGGUAAGUUAACAAAAACCGGAGGGCGUACAAUUACGCCCGGCGGCGUUUAGAGCCGCCUAUUAGAGGGCGUAAUUGUACGUCCUCCGGUUUUAAGGGGUUAAAGAAACAGUUAUGAAAAACAAUAUGUUCCAUUUCUAACAACUUGUCAGUUUGCAAUAUCUCUUAAAGACAAAGUACACAGUUUAAGAAAUACAACAUUUCAUUCUAAAACUUGUAAUAUUUGCAUUUGCCCAUAACAAUACCAACCAGAUGUUUGGGCUCACUAACCUAUGCAGUGUGUACCGAAUAUUAGAGUGUUGGUCCAUUGUCCUCAUCCUGAAUCUAAGAAUCUCAUCCAUUUGCAGUUGCAUGAGUAUAGACCCGGAAUUAGCAUCUCUUAGCUCAUCAUUCUCUUUCAAAAUGCUGUGAUCCUGUAUAUGGGACCAAUUCAGGCAAUGUGCGCACCAGGAGUGGCACAGCAAGCUGUUUAAUUUAUCAUUUUAAUACUGUUGAAUGGUUCUCAUUUAUUGUUACCCUUUUUUUCCUGCUGGUUCGCGUCUGUUUGCACGGUCCAGUUUUAUCUAGCAGUUUUUAUGCUGCUCUGUACAGACUCUUCUGAUGGCAGUUGCUUGAAAAUGAGAGCUGUCAUAAACGUGUCUCUUUGACGUGCUUCGGUUGCACCCUGGCUCAAAGUGAUGGGAUUGAGUGCAGUUCCUUAUUAUAUUUUCUGAAUAAAUGUGUCUCUUAACAUUUGAUCCAGUUUUAGGAAUGAUUGACCUGUAUUAUCCAAAAGUUCACUCAACUAGUUUUACGAUUUACCAUUUAGAAUCUUUCAUCAUUCUUUUAUGUUUUUUUGAUGACUAUUAUCAUGUUAAAUAAGUUGCUAGUAAGUGUAAGUGUAAGUGUGUGUGUGUGUGUGUGUGUGUAUAUAUAUAUAUACACACUCUUUUGCACUAUGUUGUAUAUUUAUGGUGUUCUUAUUUGGCUUAUACUUAAAAGCUAAAUAAAAGUUGUUUUUUAAUUGUAACAUUGGAGAAUAUUCUAUUUACUUUCCCAUAUUAUCUGGUAUCUUAAACCUUUGUUAGCCCACUGAUAAUACUGUUUUUUUUUGUUUUUUUUAAGUGCAUUACAAGUCAGUUUUCCCUAAUCUCUUCAAUAUGGAUGUAUUGCGUAGAACCGUAGAUCUAUCAUGUCUGACUAAGAUUUUGUUCCUUUUUUAAAUACCAGGUUCCACAUCUGCUCUCCAUCAAUUGCGUGGCACAAAUCCAGAAAUAUUCUAGUCUUUUGAAGCUUAAAAAUAACUGUCUGGUUAUUGCUGAGCUAAGUAUAUUGCUGGCUACUGCUUAAAGAUCCAUGUGGCUCUAGGUGUACAUCAUCUGCUCCAGUGUUUAACUCGCCUUACCGUUAACGUGUACUUUAAAGCUUUAUUCUGUGUCAGCAAAAUACAUAAUGGAUGAAAUUUAAAUAUUUACAGCCAUCUCAUGAUUUAUUUCAUAUGGAAUACAAACAUUAUUUUUAGAAAAAAGUGUUAUCUUUUGUCUGACAAGUGUGGCUUUUUUUUUUUUUUGCAAACAUGUUUUUUUUAUUAGGUUUUUCAUUGUAUAUAAUGUAUGUAUGUAUACUGUUUUUAUAACGUGUGCGUCAUUUCUCUAGUUAAUAGCAUUAGAAAGAAGACCUAUAAUAAAUUACAUUUCUUCCCUCCGUGAUGUCAUAGGAAGACUGGGUAUAGCACUCAUUACUGAGAUUAUAGUGACUUGAUGAGAGAGCACAGGGCACGGCAGUUCUUUCUGUUUUUAUCUGUGAGUGGUUUUGGAACUUGUAGUGUCACUUUAAGAAGCCUAUGACCUGAAGGUCUGUGAAACGUGUAAGACCUAUUCUUAACCUUCAUUACAUUGUUUAGUUUUCAAGUUGAAUAUAUUGAAACUAUCUAAGUGUACUGCGAAAAAACUCCCAGUGCUGUCCCUUUAAAUAGUCAAGUUUUCUUUUCGAAAACUAAAUUCAGCCCUUGAUAUGGUUUGUAUCCGGAUUAAUGUAAAACAAAACCUAAAGUAAUCGGCAAAAUAACUAAAUAAAUACAUCACAACAAAAAACAGAGAAUAUGAGAACUCUGAACAGAAAAGAAAUUAGAGAAACUCAGUAGCGUACCCUUCGGUAAAUUCCCGCUCAGGUCUCACUAUAGUUUUUGCUCACUUACUUGUGCCGUUACAGAGUGACCCUAUACCAUUUCACAUUAGACUGAUCCAGUCCAGAACUGAAAUGCCGGUUCUCUCAGCACGAAAAAUACAGCAACUCCGGGCAGUUGUUUAAGCCUCCUUUGGGCCUCGUCAGUAAGGUUUAGCUAAUACCCAUCUGGCUAAUAAAUACAUUAGAUGAAGGGAAACACUUUCAACACUUACUUUAGUUAUUCAUGUUUUGGUUAUCUAUACAAUCCAGUCAAUAGAGAAUGUCAAAUAUUAUCAUGUGUGGACUAAAUAAUAAAAAAAAUAAAAAUUGAUUCUUCUUUGACAUAUUUUUCUAGGGAGAUCUUUACAAUUCUCACAAAUUUCCAAAUUAUUGCUAUUGCUCUCCUUUUUUGAAAAACAAUCGUUUGUACUAAUGUAUACCUUUUAAAUUGGAAACAAAAUUAUACUUAAAGGAUCACUAUAGGGUCAGGAAUACAUGUUUGUGUUCCUGACCCAAUAGUGAUCCUUUAAAGGACCACUCUAGGCACCCAGACCACUUCAGCUUAAUGAAGUGGUCUGGGUGCCAGGUCCUUCUAGGGUUAACCCAUUUUUUCAUAAUUAUAGCGGUUUCAGAGAAACUGCUAUAAUUAUGAAUGGGUUAAGCCUUCCCCCUAAUCCUCUAGUGGCUGUCUCAUUGACAGCCACUAGAGGCGCUUGCGUGCUUCUCACUGUGAUUUUCACAGUGAGAGCACGCCAGCGUCCAUAGGAAAGCAUUGUAAAUGCUUUCCUAUGAGACCGGCUGAAUGCGCGCGCAGCUCUUGCCGCGCGUGCGCAUUCAGCCGUAACGGAGGCGGAGGAGGAGGAGGAGAGCUCUCCGCCCAGCGCUGGAAAAAGGUAAGUUUUUAACCCUUUCCCUUCCAGAGCCGGGCGGGAGGGGGUCCCUGAGGGUGGGGGCACCCUCAGGGCACUAUAGUGCCAGGAAAACGAGUAUGUUUUCCUGGCACUAUAGUGGUCCUUUAAGUGUAUUCCUGACCCUAUAGUGUUAAAACCACCAUCUAGCCCUCCAUGGCCCCUCAUGCCUCCAUAAAUAUAGCAGAAUCUUACUGUAUUCAAGCCAGAAGCUGUAGAUCUGCAUGCUGUUUGCCUAAAAAAAAAACAAGCUGUCUGCUGACAUCAUCAGAAGUGGUAGUCUGAUCCAAUCACAGUGCUUCCCCAUAGGAUUGGCUGAGACUGACAAGGAGGCAGAUCAGGGACAGAGCCAGCAUGAUUCAAACACAGCCCUGGCCAAUCAGCAUCUCCUUCUAGAGCAGAAUUGAAUCAAUGAAUCUCUAUGAGGAAAGUUCAGUGUCUGCAUGCAGAGGGAGGAGAUACUGAAUGUUUGGAUGCAUUUUAAGCAGCCAUGACACAGGAAGGAUCUCUAACAGCCAUCUAAGGCGUGGCCAGUGAAGUUAUCACUAGGCUGUAAUGUAAACACUGCAUUUUCUCUGAAAAGACAGUGUUUACAGCAAAAAGCCUGAAGGGAAUGAUUCUACUCACCAGAACAAAUUCAGUAAGCUGUAGCUGUUCUGGUGACUGUUGUGUCCCUUUAAUAUUUUUUUUUUCCUGUUAAUAUGACUUAAAUAAUUUUUUUUAUUUUUUUUUUAGUUGUUAUUUUUCAAAUUUUAUUGGACAUGUUAGGGAUUGUUCAUUUAACAGGUUAGUUGCAAAGAUUUUCCAAUCCAUCUUUUUCCCCAGAUAGGGUGUUCUGACCUAAAAUCAAGGUCUUUAACCACUUCAUGCUGUCAAUCUUGUAUCAUUAAUGUUGGGGUAUGCAGCCAUACCCCAAGUCGGAUAUAUACACUAUUUUAACCAUUGCAAAUGACAUGGUAAAUGCACACGUGUUCGUGUUUGGUAUGUCUUCUUUCUAACUUGACACUUCCUAAGAAAAUUAAUGUACAAGGAUACUUAGUUGACUGUUCAGCCCCAAAAAAGUUUGUUUGAAUAUAGAUAUACAGUGCUCUGUAGUGGUUAUUGUACCAGGAGACCACUGCUGCCAACCUCUGGAAAAGAGUCCAACCAUUUCAACUGGUUUCAUACCCACCUGGGCCCCCUAGGCAUACGCAAGCCCAUCUUCAGACAUAGUGUAUAAAUUAUCAAUUAAAAAAAACAAAAACGUUCACAAACCCAUUAAAAAAUAUAUCUUUUAACUUUUAAAAUUAUUUAAUAUUAUGAAAGAUAUUUUAAUUUUAUAAUAUUUUGAUAGUUUUUGAUUUGUUGAUAUGUUUUUAUAUAUAUGUGUUUUAUACAUUUUAAUUUAAAAAAAAAUUAAAAAAAGUGAAUCCAAAAAUAUUGUCAUUUGGAAAACGUAUCAAAGGCCUGAUAUAUGCCUCUUCUGUUUUCCAAAAAAAUUCUCGUGAAUAGCCCCUUUUACUUCUUCACCACAUGGAUAUUGUGUUGUCUACAGUUUAUAACCUUUGAGAACAGUCAGUGUUGGAAAAUUCUUGAACAGCUGGCGGGGGUACAUGCUGCAUAAUGCUUUUAACUGGAUUUAAAAUCAAUGUUUUCCCAUACCAGUGUUCAUAGUUAUCACUAAUAGAGCUGUACAAGGUCUCAGGUAAAAUUAGCAUCGUACAUUCUUGAGCGCCACUUGUUCGGCCGCACUCUUGUACGUCCACUUAUCACUUCUUUUCUAUAAAUAAGUACACAGUUAAAGAAGCUAUUUUACUUAUUUGUGUAAUUCCUUGCUAUGAUUAACAGGGGUUUUAAGGUGGAGUUAGGAGCUCUUUAGACAGUCCAAUUGUAACACGUUUUUCAAACAUAAGGCUGCAGGGACAGGGUUCUGACAUCAUAACCAAUAAGCUUUGAAUAAAUCCAAAUUGCCUCUUAUAUUUUGCCAUCGACAGACAGAUUUGUAGAGUUUAGUGCACCAGUCUUUUUGCAGAUAUUAAAGGAACACUUUAGUGUUGGGAUUAUAAAGAUUUAUGCUUAAUACUGAAGGAUCCCUCUGCCACCCCCCUACCCGAUGACCAGUAAAGGGUUAAAAAAAAAAACCUUUACUUACCUGGUUCCAGCACUGAAGUCCCUGGGCGCUGGGUUAGGCUCCUCUACCGUCAGCCGAUGAAGUGACCUCAUGCGCAUGCACGAUGAGUGCAGUAGGCCUUCCAAACGGGAAGCAUUGACUCAAUGCUUUCCUGUGGGGUUUUACAAGACACUGGAUGUCCUCAUGCAAAGCUUGAGGACGUUCAGUGUUGUUUUACGGAGUCAAACUUCGUGAAAGGCCAGGUAUCUCCUUUUGUGGUUGGCUGGGAGGCUGUCUUAAACCUGCAAUGUAAAAAAAUGCAGUUUCUCUGUAACCGCAAUGCUUGUAGCUGCAGGGCUAAGGGGACAGGGACACUGCACCCAGACAACUUCAAAGAGAUGAAGUGGUCUGGGUGCCUAUAGUGUCCCUUAAAGAACAAUUGCCAAAUGUGCAUGCUGACUGUACAAGAAGCCAACAGAGGCAGCUUUGUAAAAAUAAACAAAUAUAAAUGACUAAAUAACAUGAAUUGGGGUUCUCCUGGAGCCCCUGUUAAUCAAAGAAGGUGUGGUGGAAUACUUCCUCUCCAUUUCUUCACACCAUGGGUGAAGGUGUAAGGGUUAAUGGGAACUUAUAGUCCUGAAAAUAAAAAUUUUUUACAGAAUCAAAGGCUCCCUUCUGUUCACCUCCCCUCCCUCACAUAAAAAAAGUGAAUAAAGACUACUUUCGUUUCCAGUGCUGGGACUCCUCCGCCGAAGCCACCCUCUCCACCUCAGAGAAGUGCUGACGUCUUUUGCUAUCUCUUCAAAUCCAUUACUUCUUGUAGAGAACCAAUGGGUUGGAGAAAGGCAAAUGAACACAGUCCUCCAGAAGCAUUUAAUUCCACGACCGAGUUUCACUUGGAUCUGGAGGAGGAAGCGCCUCUAGAGGCUGCCAGUAAGAGGGCCACUUGUGGUAUAUUUAACCCUGUGAUGUAAACAUUCAGAUGAAGUAAUGGUCCUUUCAUUACAAGUAUGUUUAGGUAAAAUACAUAUUUGCAACAAUCUUAUGAAUCUUUAGUGUCCUUUUAGAUACACGUGUCUUAAAAAGAGAGAUUACAUUUGUUACGUACAUUGGAAUGGGCAUCUAAAUUGAUAACUUGGCUUAUUUAAUGCUUAGCUAGUUCUUUUGUGCACAUCUGUUCGUUAUUUCGUUAUGACAUUGACACAAAGCCAGGGUAUGUGCUGGAUAAAACUAAAAAAAAAUGCAAGGAUUCUGAGAAAUCCUGUAUUUCAGCUGCAGAUCAAUGUUGCCAAAUAAACAAAUACAUGCUUGAAUACCCUCUAAUUUCUGAUACUAGUGCACAUUUUAUUCACAGCAAUGAAGAAAGGCCGACAAAUUCACGGUAAACAGGUUUGGAUCACUGCUCAGUUAAUUCUUUUAUUCCAGUGACAUUCACGUAUAGAGGAGUGUGCUUAUUUCUUGCAUCAAGUGUUAUUUAACACACGUUACCUGUGUGUUUGCUGUUUGCGGUGCAUGCCAUGUUAGUAAACCAGUUUAUUAAUAUGGCAUGCAUUUCUGUUCCUGUUCUUUCACAAGACGUGCAAUGUAAAACAUUAUUUAAUGGACUUUGCUUACUAAACUGGGAAUUUUUAAACUCAGGACAAAAUUUUGAAUCUGUUUAGCAGUUUUUUUUCAUUAGCUUUUUUUAGAUAAGGAAAAGAUUUUUCAAGGAAAGUCAAAAAACAUGUUUGUUGUUUUUUCUUCAAUUUUUCACCAUAUUUUAUCAUUGUUUUUAAAGUAAAUUAUAUGAUAUGAUACAAAUAAUGGUAUGUAAAGAAAGCCCUUCUUGUCCUAAAAAACCCCCCCAAUGUAUAAAAUGUAUGGGAACAGUAAAUGAGAGAGGGGAAAAUUACAGCUAAACACAAACACAACAAAAGUGUUAAAACAGCCCUGGUACUUAAUGUACAACAUGGGCAAAACAGUCCGGUCCUUAAGACGUUAAAUAAAUGGAGGUUAUUUAGUAACUUCAAUGGCCAUCAGAUGUAAGCCCAGCUGCCACGUCAAGGAAAACCUUGAAAGGAUUGUCUAUGGAACAAACAUUGUUUUGAAUAGAAUUAUUUUGAUAUCAGUAAGUCGGAUAGGCAUGUACGCAGUGUACCUAGCACAUACCCAGAAUAUUUAACGGUGUCCCUUACGGGUUUACCUAUAGGCUACUGCAUGUCUGACAAACGGUAAGAUUGAGACAUUGGUGGAGCAGUCACUUCUUACAUGGGCAAAUUUCUUAGGUGCGCUGAAUAUUAAAAAGGUAGCAUUGUUGUACCUUAACAUUACACCCCAUUAUAUUCCCUUUCGCCCAGUAGUGGGCGCUUUUGGAUUUCAAAUGGGUGGUGGUGGGUUAUGCAGAAAACAUCCAGUAGGCCUUGAUGGCCUCACACACACGGACUGCCCCUCUCUCACACACACACACACACACGGACUGCCCCUCUCUCUCACACACACACACACACACACACACACACACGGACUGCCCCUCUGACACACACACACGGACUGCCCCUCUGACACACACGGACUGCCCCUCUGACACACACGGACUGCCCCUCUGACACACACGGACUGCCCCUCUGACACACACGGACUGCCCCUCACACGCACGCCAACCCUCACACGCACUACCCGCCUCUCACAUGCACUGCCCCUCACACACGCGCUGCCCCUCUCACACUCCACCCCUCACACGCACUGCCCCUUUGCACACACACUGCCCCUUCAAACACACACGCACUCAAUCAAUUUCACAUGCUGUUGUGCAAAUGGGAUAGACAACAGGUGGAAAUUAUAGGCAAUUAGCAAGACACUCCUAAAAAAGGAGUGGUUCUGCAGAUGGUGACCACAGACCACUUCUCAGUUCCUAUGCUUCCUGGCUCAUGUUUUGGUCACUUUUGAAUGCUGGCGGUGCUUUCACUCUAGUGGUAGCAUGAGACGGAGUCUACAACCCACACAAGUGGCUCUGUUAGUGCAGCUCAUCCAGGAUGGCACAUCAAUGCGAGCUGUGGCAAGAAGGUUUGCUGUGUCUGUCACCGUAGUGUCCAGAGCAUGGAGGCGCUACCAGGAGACAGGCCAGUAUAUCAGGAGAUGUGGAGGAGGCCAUAGGAGGGCAAUAACCCAGCAGCAGGACCGCUACCUCCACCUUUGUGCAAGGAGGAACAGGAGCAGCACUGCCAGAGCCCUGCAAAAUGACCUCCAGCAGGCCAUAAAUGUGCAUGUGUCUGCUCAAACGGUCAGAAACAGACUCCAUGAGGGUGGUACACCUCCCAACACCGUGCAGGACAUCUGGCAUUUGCCAUUGGCGCCAUGUGCUCUUCACAGAUGAAAGCAGGUUCACACUGAGCACAUGUGACAGAGUCUGGAGAUGCCGUGGAGAACGUUCUGCUGCCUGCAACAUCCUCCAGCAUGACCGGUUUGGCAGUGGGUCAGUAAUGGUGUGGGGUGGCAUUUCUUUGGGGGGCCGCACAUCCCUCCAUGUGCUUGCCAGAGGUAGCCUGACUGCCAUUAGACACCGAGAUGAGAUCCUCAGACCCCAUGUGAGACCAUAUGCUGGUGCGGUUGGCCCUGGGUUCCUUCUAAUACAAGACAAUGCUAGACCUCAUGUGGCUGGAGUGUGUCAGCAGUUCCUGCAAGAUGAAGGCAUUGAUGCUAUGGACUGGCCCGCCUGUUCCCCAGACCUGAAUCCAAUUGAGCACAUCUGGGACAUCAUGUCUCGCUCCAUCCACCAACGUCACGUUGCACCACAGACUGUCAGGAGACCAUCCGCCACCUCAUCAGGAGCAUGCACAGGCGUUGUAGGGAGGUCAUACAGGCAUGUGGAGGCCAAACACACUACUGAGACUCAUUUUGACUUGUUUUAAGGACAUUACAUCAAAGUUGGAUCAGCCUGUAGUGUGUUUUUCCACUUUAAUUUUGAGUGUGACUCCAAAUCCAGACCUCAAUGGGUUGAAAAAUUUGAUUUCCAUUUUUUUUAUUUUUGUGUGAUUUUGUUGUCAGCACAUUCAACUAUGUAAAGAACACAUUAUUUCAGAAGAAUAUUUAAUUAAUUCAGAUCUAGAAUGUGUUAUUUUUGUGUUCCCUUUAUUUUUUUGAGCAGUGUAGUUUGCAGUGUUUAUAAAAAAUACAAACUGCACAUAGUGUGAUUAAUGUAUAUAUUAGAGGAGACACGCAAUGAUAAUGAGGACAACUCACAAGAGAUAAAUGAAUGUCAGGCACAUCAACAUUGUAGCCAUAGAAUUUCAAGUUAUUUUUAAAGAGCAUAUGUUAAAAUAGCAGAACAGUUUCACUUUAAAUUGGAAAGUCCCAGUGAAUUCUCAGUUUAGUAAAUAAGCUGGUGUAUCAACUGUCUGUUGGGGUGAUGGUUCACACCAGCUUUCUUUAGUUCAGUUUAUUUAUAUAAGCAACAAAGAUUGUUCAUUCCUUGUUACAGGGCUGGUCAAUUAAGGAAACUGUGUGUUAUUUCAAAGGUGCAAGAACGUUUCUCAAAUUUUACUUUUAUAAAUGUUGUUUGGUAUUGCGUGUUUAAAUGUCUACAACAUCUUGAGGCUUGUUCAUCAAAUCGAUGAAAGUGCAGAAUUAAAAGGACAAUCUGUAAAAAAAGAUACAUUCGUAGAUAUGCCCCAAAGAAAACAUUCAGGUUAUUUUCGCUGCAUGGUUCUUUGGAGUUAUAUGAUAUCUUAGCUGAAGUGUUUUUAUGUGAUUUACAAUGUUUCUUUAAAAAAUAAAAAGUUGGAGAAUUUCCCAAUCUAGCUAUUUUUGGCACAGAAAAAUCAAUUACCUUUUUAGUUUACAUUAUUGGACAUUAGUGUCCAUUGUUAAAUAAUCCCAUUUGUGAUUUGUAAGAUACGUAACCACUGGGGAAAUUAUGUUUUAUGGAACUUGAAGGCACAGACAGUGGACUUACUCCUACCCCUUUUUGCCAUUUUUUUUAAAUUCAUAAUUCUCUAUUGAGCAUUAUUCUUUAGGUCCUCCUCUCCAUAAAUUCUAAAACAACUAAUAACAUGAAGCUGUAGUGCCAGGAAACAAAGUUGUUUUUCUGGCACCAUAACUCCCUAAUAGUGCUCCAGGCUACCUAAGUCACAUGUGCCGGAUGUAACUAGCCCCCAGCAAGUGCAGAUUUUCUAUGUGAGCUGCAGAAAUACUGCAUAUGCAGACACCUAGCACUCUAACAGCAGAAAUGGUCACGGUGGUUAGAAUAAUUAGUUAACAGGUGAGUGCUUCCCAUGAUAACAGGGUUUAUUUACUAAAUUACAAUUCAUAGUGAAAUGAGGACUGACGAAAUUGGAAGUAGAAUACCGAAGCUGGGACUGUAACAGAGUUUGUAUCAUAGCUGAUACUGUUUCCAACAUUUUAAAUUUGGAUUUCAAUUUGCUACUAUUUGGAGUUUCGAGAAUAAAAAGUGUACAGGAAGAAUCUGUUCAGUAAAUUGAGCUGUUGUGAUUUUAAUAAUGACCUUUGCAAUUCAGGCCAGAUUUGUCUGGUUGGAAAACAAAAAUCUUGAAUUCCGACUCCCCCACCCCACUCCAAAUGUUGGACAUCCUUAACACACAAUAAUUCAAUGUUUUUUGUUUGUUUUUUUUAAAUUUUUUUUAAUUAAAGUCAUAUUCAGCUGUGUGUAUUAAAAUAGCACAUAGUAGAGCGCAAAAUAUGAUAAGCAAUGACAAUGAGUGAAUGAAUUGGGUCAUUCCCACAAUCAAUCAAGACUUUCUACCCACAGCAUAGAUGGAUAAGAUAAAAGUAAAUCAAGGUUUUUGUUUGUUUUUGUUUUGCAAAGCAGUACAACCAACAAAUAACUAAAUCCACGUGCUGGUAAUGUAGAACUUGAUGGCGAUGAGAUUAAGCAAUUUUUUAAAGCAUGUUAAGUUAUUUUUCUUUUCUUAAAACAACAAGGCAGCUCAAGGCAUGUAUUACAUGAUGUGUCACUUGUAAAAUGGGAACAGUCAGAGGAAUGCAAUAUCCCUAGAAAGUUUUAAGGUUUGUUUCCAUUGAACAGGUUUGCUGUGUAUCUCAUGGGAGAUAUGACUGAGAUCAAUGGAUGUCCACCAUUCAUACAGCUGUUAAUGGGCACUUUAUAUGACUGAGCAAAUCUACUUUUUUUUUUUUUUUUUUAUAUAUAGUAAAUAGAACCAUCAUUACUGUAUGGAAACAUUUCUUCUUUUCAAUUAAUUUCUGAGCUGAUCAUCUGAAAUCACAUGCUAGUGAUCUGGCAAAAAAAUAAAUUAAUUAAACAUCUUCCAUUUAAAAAUAUAAAAUGUCCAGGGUUACAAGUGAAACAUUGUAUUUAUUGAGAAUCAUCUUAAGGAAGUGCGUACACAUUAAAGAAAUCUGUAUUAUUUUCAUGGAAUUUUCAAGCCAGGGCUUGACAAAUUUGCUUGUAAUCUUGGAGCCAGCUAAAAAAGUUAGAGCCAGGUUUUUAACGAAUAAAGCUUCAUUGAAAAUACAAUUUUAAAAGGCCACUAUAGACGCUAGAGCCACUACAGCUUAAUGUAGUGGUUCUGGUGUCUAUAGCCUGUCCCUGCAGGCUUUUCAAUUUAAACACUGCUUUUUUUUACAUUGCUACUUAGUAACACCUCUAGUGAUGGUCAUUUAGACGUCCACUACAGGCGCUUCCUAGCCCAGUGCUGCGCAGUACCUUUGUACAGCGUCUACAUACUUUGCAUGGAAGUGCUGAAUGUUCCUCAUAGAGAUUUAUUAAUUCAAUGCAUCUCUGAGGAGGUGCAGAUCAGUGCAUGCGCAAUAGCCUAUAGGAAAGUACUGGCUUGUCUGAGGUCAUCAAGAUUAUCUCAGCCAUAGAGGCGAGACUGACAUGGCGUGGUGAAAAAGGUGAGUAAAAACACCUUUCCCAAUGCGAUCAGAGGGGGACCGGUGACCUUAACGCACACUCAUUGACUGGCACACACACACUCUCAUACACAGACACUGAUAGACACACACACACACACACUCUCACACUCCAGAAAUUAUAUAUAUUUUUUGUAUGAUUUUAAUUUAAAUCCAACUGGCCUCUCUACUUUUCGGAGAACUGUAUUAUUUGAAAUAGCAUAGUGCUUAAAGCAUACUCUCAUGUCUUGAAUGUAAGACAGCUCAUCAGAGCAUUGCCUCCAGGAUGCCAGUGUAAAUUUUGUCCCUAUUGUGUGUGCUCUGUGCACACAAUAGGAGAGAGAUAGGCUAUCCGUGAACUGCACAUGCACAAUACACAGCAUAUCAAAAAUAAUAAAUAACUUUGAACCAAGCUGUGAACUAGGCCAUGUAUAAACUGAUUGCACCAACGUGUGUAAUGUUUAGAACUAUUAUUGAGAGACCCCCGAAUAUGAGAUGAGUCCCCAUAGUUCAAAAUGCCAUGCCUCUGAUGAACUCUUUACAAAUGUAAAAAACCUUUUUUAUUAUUUCCAUUUUAAUGUAAUUUUUUUUGGCAAUAGUUUGUUUUAUGUAAACACUGCAUUAAAAAAAUACAGUCAAAUAUUGCCUUAACUAAGCCUUUAAAUAAAUAAACACCUUUCUUAAUAAGUACAAUAAAGUAUUACAAAUGAAUAGAGUGAAAACAAGUGUUAUAUUAUUUAUGCGAUACAAUAACAUUCUUUAUAGACGUAUCAUUGUGUUAUCUGCAGACUGUUAUAUAUUUAUUUUCAAAUAUAUUUUUGUUGAAACCAACAAAAAGGGGAAGGGAUACAGAAAAAAGGGGGGAAAUGUUUUUUCCUUGCACAAUAGCUUAAAUAUACAUGAAAAAUAGAACAUUGUAAAAUAUACAUGAAACCAUGAUUGUAAAAUACUAUAGGGCAUCAUUUAAAAAUUCAACACUAGCACAGAACAAAUGGACACAAUAUUCUUCAUACUAUAGUUGAAAAGCUGUGAAUAAAAACAUGUACAUUAAAAAGAUAAAAGAAGGGCAGGGUGAAGCAGGGAAUAGUUCUUAUAAGGGCACUUGAAAUGGACACUCUGGACACCAAUACAACUUUAAUGCAUUUACUAGAUUUUGGCCCAAUUAAUAUGCUGUAUUUGCAAGGCUUUAUAGUUUUUGAAUUGUGUCAACAGUUUUUGAAAGAUUUGACAAACAAACUGCGCUUUUCUGGUUUCCACAAUACUGCACCCCAUUUACGGCUGCCAUUUGGUUAGAUGAGCAUUUGUUCAUCGAAAUUCGACUGGCUAGGAUAGGCAGAGAGCACUGGCAUAUUACUGCUAAACAUACCUCAACGAAAGCUCUGAGGGUCUUACGUGUUACUUAGGGCUUCGACAUCUCCACCCACAUAGGAUUGUAAACAGUUUUGGUGUGGCUGUAACUGUCAUUAGUGUGGUUGAACAAGGAGCUGCUUUCUACACAAGGAGUGCAUGUAUUUGCUGUUGUGCUGGUGUAAUUAAUUUGUUCUUUCCACUCCCAUGAACCCCUACUGAGCAUCCUCUCUGAGGAGAUGAAAUCAUCCUACUGUGAUAGAUUUGACUCAAGGGUGGGCUUAUAGCUUCCGGCAUUUGUGAAAAUUGUUGCCAUUUCAAGACACUAUGGCCUUGAUUCAAUAUUGUUGGAUACACUUUCCAAAUGAUCUCAUAUUCUUACAUAAUUUAUUUAACUUAUUUAAUAUUAUAAAAGAUACUUUUGUUGUGUGAUAUUUUGAAAAAUAUCCAACAAUAUUAAAUUAAGGUCAAUGUAUACUGAGACAAUGUUAGGAUGGCUUUCCUUGUAGCAUAGCCUACUCGAGUAUUUAUGGUGCUUGGAGUAUCUUUACCUCCUUUUCUGCGGAAUUGGUAUUAUUAUUAAAGGGGUGGCACUAUAGUCAUUUGUUCUGGUGAGUAGAAUCAUUACCUUCAGGCUUUUUUGCAGUAAACAUUAUGUUUUCAGAGAAAAUGCAGUGUUUACAUUACAGCCUAGGGAUACCCCCACUGGCAGCCACUCAGAUGGCUACUAGAGGUGCUUCCUGGGGCAGUGCUGCACAGUGCGCAUCACUGCCAUUCAGUGUCUCCCCCCUCUAUGAGGAGAUGCGGAUUUCCAGGGUUGUGUUUGGCUUGUGCUUAUUCUUCCCCUGACCUGUCUCCUUGACAAGCUCAGCCAAUCCAAAGCUUUCAUAUGGGAAAGCAUUGUGAUUGGCUCAGAUUACUACUUCGGAUGAUGUCAGCCAAGCAGGCAGAUCAGGGACAGAGCCAGCAGCAGUAGACUGUAGUAAAGGUAAGAUUUUGAUAUAUUUAGGGGGUAAGGGUGGGGCAGGGAGUGUAGAUGAUGGUUUUAACACUAUAGGGUCAGGAAUACAUGUUUAAGUUUUUUUAAAAUGUUAGAAUAAUAAACUGUAGGCUGUUUUUUACAAUGAAAACAAUUUGUGAUUUCUCCAAAUAUAGUAAUUGAAAGGGGAACUGUCACUUCUCUGGAAAUUACACCGUUCUAAAAAACAUUGAAAAGGGCCUAUAAACUGUGUUGACCUAUUUGUCAUGUGAUGUUCAGUUUAUGUACAGAUUUAGCAAAUAACAUCACAAUCCAGUUCUGUUCAGACACAACCAGGGUAUAGCAAAUUAGUAGAGGUAAUUAAACAUUGGGGGAUAAUUAUCAUAGUGUUUUGUUCUAAAAAGUUGGCUAAAGUACUGAAAAUGGGAACAUCCCCAUGGAAACCAGUGGAAUCUUCAUGAACAUUCCAUUAGCGACUCCACCCCUUUUUAAAAAAAAAUUUUGUGCCACUUUUUAGAUCAGAACAAUUGGAUGAAUCUCCCCAUUAUUUAAAGGAACACUAUAGUCACCUAAAUUACUUUAGCUAAAUAAAGCAGUUUUAGUGUAUAGCUCAUUCCCCAGCAAUUUCACUGCUCAAUUCACUGUCAUUUAGGAGUUAAAUCACGUUGUUUCUGUUUAUGCAGCCCUAGCCACACCUCCCCUGGCUAAGAUUGACAGAGCUUGCAUGAAAAAAAAACUGGUUUCACUUUCAAACAGAUGUAAUUUACCUUAAAUAAUUGUAUCUCAAUCUCUAAAUUGAACUUUAAUCACAUACAGGAGGCUCUUGCAGGGUCUAGCAAGCUAUUAACAUAGCAGGGGAUAAGAAAAUCUUAAUUAAACAGAACUUGCAAUAAAGAAAGCCUAAAUAGGGCUCUCUUUACAGGAAGUGUUUAUGGAAGGCUGUGCAAGUCACAUGCAGGGAGGUGUGACUAGGGUUCAUAAACAAAGGGAUUUAACUCCUAAAUGGCAGAGGAUUGAGCAGUGAGGCUGCAGGGGCAUGUUCUAUACACCAAAACUGCUUCAUUAAGCUAAAGUUGUUCAGGUGACUAUAGUGUUUCAUAUUUUCUCUACGCUGAAUGCCAAGUACAAAGGACAGGAUUUAUAUAAUAAUUGACAAGAAGUCAAGAGGGAGACAUCCACUUGCAGGAUAUAGAAUUGUUGAUUUUUAUAUUUUAUUCUUCACUCCAGGGGAUAGGCAAACAUAUUAUUAAAAAUCCUUAGUGAAGUAACUCCUUAAAAUUAGGUUUGCUCCAGUUGUAGCUUAUUUCGCCCAAUAUUUUUAAGCAGAUGGACAAUAGGUAGUACUCCUCUUUUGGGCAGACUAGAUGGGCCGAAUGGUUCUUAUCUGCAGUCAUAUUCUAUGUUUCUAUGUUUAAUUGUAGCAGUACAAAUCCCUUGAUGAUUUUACAGCCUUAAUUUCGCACUUUAAGUACCAUAACCACUACACAUCAUUGUAGUGCUUAUAGUGCAAAAUGUUCUGAAUUCUUUAACCCUUUUUUUUUUAAACUGUUUCUGAACAGCGUGACAAAAAAAAGGCCUCUCCUGGCACUCUACUGUAAAGCUUCUCCCUCUACUGAAUCUCUGAUUAUACAUAUGUUUUGCUUGCUCCUUAUCCAUCGACCAACCUUAAGUGACCGUGAUUAGCUCAGGGCUCACAGCCUGUCAUUACCACUGAAUAAUUUUGGAUGGAUUAGCUGAGCCAUUGCAUAAGAGCUAGGCUUUAGGUGCCAGGAAAGACCCUUUUAUUGUCAAACGGCUCAAAGGAUGUUUUCACCAUAACCAAGUCAAUGAGCUGCAGUGAUUAAGGUGCAUAGUGUCCCUUUACAGCUGGCAAAGCAUAAAGGAUGUGGUAGAUCUACCAUUCAGCCAUCCCCAUUCUUCAUAAGUCCCUACAUACUCAGAAUUUAUGGGCCCUUUUUAAUUUACAUGUUUAAAAAAAAAAAUACAUAAAAAGAUUAGAAAUUGCUUAAAACCUUUUGAUAAAUUGUUUCUAGCUUUGGCACGGCAGACAUUUCCGAACUGUGAUACAGAGUUCAGAAAUAUUUGCCUUCUUGAUGGCAGCCAUCACUGUCAACUGCAUUUUAAACCACCUUUUCUUGCGCGUUUACCAUAGCAAACACGAUCCCCCCCGAGAGAGUGUGAUAUUUACUGUAGAGCGGUGCAAUAAUGAUGUGUUGGACGAAUGAUGGAUUUGUCAUUAGCGAAAUAACUUUUUAAAAGAAGUGAGUAAACUAAGCUGUGACUCACAGGACAGGAAUGCUUUAUUAAUGUAUUGGAUUGUGCUCCCAGACCAGUGUUUGCGUUCUUUCCUGUCUUACUAGCUUGCUGUGUCAAACAUCAGUAUAAGGUCACAUCCUAUUCUGUGGGUUUAUUGUAUUCCUGGGAUGUCUUAUCACGUGGGGAAAUAAUUAUAUUACAGAGAAGCUAGUGUCUACAGAAAAGAACAGUGCUCAAGUCAGCAAAUCUAGCACACAUAAUUAACUUUAAUUGUCUCCAUAACCUCUUCACUUUGAUAUGGAGUGACCAAACUAUACUCUCCAAUUUGCUGUCCAAGUUAACCAUCACCCACUGCCUGUUUUUUUUUAAAUUAUUUUUUUAAAUGAUUAUUAUUUAUUUUUAAAUAUUUUUAGAGACGUCUGCUUUGAAUAUUAAAGAAAGUAACAUUAAAGGUGGUUUAAGAUAUAAAACAAAUAUAUAUUUCUAAAAGAUGGUCCUAUGCUUUGAAUUGUGAGCAAAUACCAUUUACCAAAUCUGCUCUGUGCUCUAGCACCAACAUAUUAUGUUAGCUAGACGUGAGAGGUCCUUUGAUAAAAUGACUACAUAGUGUCAGGAAAAAGACAAACAAAACAUCCACAAGAUACACUACAUUUACCAUUAACCCCUUAACGCCGGUGGGUCGUACUGUGCCCCCCUGCACAAAGUAGGCUUAAACACCAUAAGGGUUGCCUUGGGAACGUGAGCCUUCCCGGACACAAAAGCUCACCUACUGCGGCAAUCUGCGUGGAUCCAGAUCAGGGCAGUCCCCCUGCAUUCAGACGUGCCCUCUCGGGCCAUGUGAUUGAGAUUUUAUUAUUAUUUUAUUAUUUAUGUAGCGCCAGCAAAUUACGUAGCACUUUACAAUAGGAGGUCACAUGGCUGGAAUGGCAUUUUGAGUUGUCAGGCAGUCACUCAAAGUUGGAAAAUAAAGGGGUAAAUUUAUAUAGUGUCCUAAUCCAACUUUUAAUUAAAAAAAAAAAAUGUGUGUAAAAACCCAAAAGGAAAUAAAAUAUCCACACUGUUUAGUAGAUGUAUUGAUAAAUAAAGUGACUCAAAUAAACUGCAACGAGUUUAUAAUCUUUGUGUCAUUAUUGAUAGUCAGUUCCAUUGGCUGUGUCAUUGAAUCCUAUGCUGAAUAAGUAACGCCAAAUUGACUCUUUUUUUUUUACUCAAACUUGUGCAAGGCUGUUCUAAAUUCAGUUAAACUUGACCUUUAGUUAAUAUAGCGAUUGGACCAGUUUAGGUCAAAAUGUUUCUGAACAGUCUGUCCAAUUCUCUAUUUCUAGUUGUACUGUAGAUGAGGUCACUUUAACACCAGGACCAAGGUUCUGCACGUGUACACAGGUCGGAAUCAAAGUUCAGCUAGACAUUCAGUGUAGCCAUAGCUGGUAUCAUUUUGCAAUUGUGCUGCUAUUGUUUUCUACAUUACGUGUUCCUGGCAGACUUUUUCCAUAUUAUAUAUAUAUAUAUUUUAUUUUUUUUUGCAGACAAAGAUCAGACUUGUCAGGACUGGUAAAACAGAAUCACAUAAUAAUGAACACACUUUCUUUUUACAAUUAUUUAUUUACUAGAGGAUAAAAAUCUGUGUUAGGAAAAAAACACAAAAAACAUCGUUCCCGAUUCUAAUGUGUCAUUUAAAUAGUUACAUUUUGUGCAGAAUAGAUUUUUGCUUAUGCUGCCAGAAUGUGGCGAGGGCAGCGUGCGCAUGCUGAUUUGAAGCACAUCAAAACAGAUGCUUUAGAUAUAGAUAAGUGGUUUAUAAUUCAUUAGAUUGCUGAUCCACAAUGCAGCUGUAAGGGCUCACUGCCCGUAUCCUACUUGGAGUUCUUUAGCAACUGAUAGAAAACUUUAUUCCUUUGCAGCAUCACCGAAAAACAUCAGAGAAUGAAAUGGACUUUGAAACUGCUGCAGGCAUCCGUGGCUGUCGGAAUGAGAUAAUGCAGAGGAAAGACCCUAAUCUUCAGGUAUGGUAAUGUGUUCUGACGCAAAAAUUUAAAAAAGAUGUAAACUAUAAACUAGAGGACUGUCAUUUUAGCACCUUUUCAGUGAUACAUCUCUACGAUCAAUUCAGAUAACUAUAUCACUCUCAUUCAAGUAGAUGCAAUGCAAAUAGAUCCUAGAUUUUAGUUUUUUCGACUUGUUUUUCCUCUUCCUUAGUGCUUAGCUGGAAUGUAAAAUAAUCUUCACAGUGUAGGAAUGAUUGACAUUUCAUGACCUGCAGCAUUUGCAAAGCUGAGAAAACUUUCUUUCCCUAUGGAAGCCUAUAGUUAUCUAACCGUAUCUCUUUUUUAUUUGUUUAUGCACCUCAAGGAGGAAGAAUAUGAUUCAGAUGAUGAUUUGUCCGAAGGAAGUCAAUUCAGACAAAAAGCAGAAAAGCGCCGAGCUAAAAAGAAGGUAUGAAGUCCUUUCAAGAAUUAUAUGUUAAGGCAGAACUGUCGGGAGUAAAUUUGCAGGAGCUGUCUAAAUUCAAUGAAAACACAUUGGCUUUAUAGGAGGAGAUGUAAAAAAAAGGUUUGCAGGAAUAUACAUGUUGGGCAAACUAUUGAAGCAUUUUUUUAGGUUUCCGUGGUGAUUGUGCCACUUCUUUUAGAACUUUGCUCCAAAUAUAAUUUGUUUUAUAAAUCUCAUGCAGUACGAGAAUCAGAUAGCAGCUUGUUACUAUUAACUAUGAAUGCUGAAAGAACUUUUACUAAGAUUUAAAUUAAUACAAGUGGACUAUUCUGGCAAAGAAUGGCAUUAGAAACAGAACAGCAAUAUCUGAUUCAGUUGUAAGCUCAUGAAAACAGGGGCUAACUGUACUUCUUACUUAGCUAUAUACACUUGUCUGGCUCCACCAACUGUCCAGUCUGCCAAUCGCACUCAGUAUGAGCCCCGAUUUUUUUAUAUUUCUGAAUAAACUUUUCAGAUGCUAAUUCAAAAGAGCAAAGAAAAGGAAAAAAAGAGAGGAGAUGGAGACAAAAGUUGCAGGUCCUCCUAAAUUGGGGGUUAACUCCGGUAGAAUAUACACAACAAAAAGAGAAGGUGCAGCUAUAUACAGAUAUGAGUGAAAUACAGUUCAAUGAAGAUUAUGUGUUUUAAAACUUAACAUUUAAUAAAUUGACUAAACAGUCCAUUAAUAAAGAACAAGAAAACCCUAAGGCAAAAGAGUAUAAAAACAGUACUAUACAAAGACAAAAACGACACACGUAAAGAUAGAUAUUGCUUAAUUGGCACCUUAAUGCAUCCUUGUAAGGAUACGGGAUCUGCAAAUAUAGGUAAAAGGUGUCAGAGCUCAGUAUCUAUGGUGAUAUGGUACAAUACAUAAUAAAAUGGACUAUAACAUACAUAGUCUUGCAAGGUACAGAAUGCAGAACUUGUGUAGGUUAUCCCAAUUUACAGUCUCACACUCUGCUUUCUCACAGCCGUGGUAUAGAGAGUAGAGUGUUCAAUGAUAUCAGCAAAUUUGUCAUGGUACCACUGUACUACAAUAGUGCUAUGUUACAGCAAUCAUAUGCUGAUCUGGCUGCCAUUAAGAUCUGGUGAUGAGCCCACAUUGAGUGGAGAUAUUGAUAUCGCUAUGUACCCUUGUGCAUGCCCUACGCACUUUGCAUAAACCAUAAACUAUCCUUCGUAUCAGCAGUAAUAUGAGGUCAAUUUCAAAAUUAGCCACGCUGUGGUUGUACAGGGUUAACACGGGUAUCACUAGACAAGCUUCUCCAUAUACGGUUACAAAUCGAAAAGAUAAAUUACGUAAAUUCCUGUCAGUAAUAAGGUCUGCAACAGUGCAUAAUGACAAUAAUAUCAGUAACACCUGCUACAAUGUUAAAUCCAAUACAAAGUAACAAGCAUAAACGCUAAGUAUAGUAAUCACAACGUAACAAAUUGUGCGAAACGCGCGUCAGGGGCACUUUGCUCACAUUAGCAAUUCAUCUAACAGUGUUACCAGACAGGUUAGGGAUCUUUUCGUAAAGGUUACCUAUAAUCGGGAUGAGUGCAUUCGACAUUCUUGGGACUGCUUAACAACCGCCUUUCUUCUGUAUAAUUGGGGGGAAGCUAUGGAUAACGGUCAGUGCAGGGCGAGUUUUUUGUUGGGAUAAGGGGGGGUGCCCUUGAAGGCACAAUAGGGGGAGAUAGUUUGUACCUGAAUAUUCCUCCUGCUCUGUACCCACUCAUUCUCCUUAGUCACCAUACCUGAAAACUGUGAUAGCCAAUGAAUGUUAUUUUUACUGCACAAUUUGUUACGUUGUGAUUAAUACACUCAACGUUUAUGCUAUCUGAAAAGCUUAUCCAUAAAUAUUUAAUCAAGGCCUAUGUGUGAAAAAAUAUUUUACUACAACCAUCACUAUAUAAUGCAACCUCUUCUUCUUCGUGUAUGUUACCAAAGGAAUUCUCUAGGCAUUGCUUUGAUGAACACAUCUGCUUCUGUCUCUUCUGAAAGGCUCUGCAAGACGUCAGUAAAUUAUUGCUCUUCCAAGUCCAAGUUAGGUGAUACUUCACACGAGUUGUGGAUAUUUCUGGUAAUGAUCCUCACAGUCUAGGCCUAAAUUAUUGUCUUCAAGAAUCUGUGUGGGAUUGAACAUGGAUUCUCAAUGGCGACUGGUGACGUUUUAAGAAUGUGGGGGGCUCCCUAUACAGUACAGAGAUACUCAUACAAUACAGAGAGCGGAUUAUAAUACAGAUAUGCUCAUACAAUAAAACAAGCUUGACACAACACAAAGAUACCUAUACCACACACAGAGCUUUGUAGACUACAUAGAUGUCCAUACAACUUGUAGAUCUGAGUAACUUACAGAGAAAUAACACACAGAGCUGGGCACAGUAAGGAGAUAUCAUAACUAUCCCACAGAUCCAGGAUCACUGUGAUGGAUUACACAGAGCUGCAAUACAGAGAUCCUCGCACAAUACAUACAUCUGUAAAAGGCUUCAUAUCUCUCUCUCUCUCUCUCUCUCUCUCUCUCUCUCUCUCUCUCUCUUAGCACUCCUUCAUAAUGUCAUCUUCAGUAGUGUCCCUGCGAUGAUAACUUUAACUUUCUAUUCAAUAUUGCUGCUGUUAUGAAACAUGCCAGCUACUUCAUUAGCUCUCAGCACUCAGUGUGCACAAGGUUAAAACAGCAGGUUCUGCAAGACUCCUUACUACCUUUGCAGUUGGCAAUAUAGCUAAUCUGCAGUGGUAACAUGGAGCCAAGAAGUAGCUGACAUGGUUUACAGAAGUAACCAUCAUUACAGAUUAAAACGGAUUGAAAUCUGAAUCCGAUCAGUCUUCAGAGUCACACCCCCAGUCCUGCAGUUUGAAGCUUCUCAACUUUUCAACUAGCCACAGCUUGAGUGUCUCGGUUCUCAGCUGUAGGGUGACUAAGCACUUUAAAGAAGAAGUUAGCAGAAAUUUCCUGGUGUGCCGCGGGGCCAUGCAGCGCUCUGGCAGCUUCCCUCUGAGGGAAUUAGUAGAGACAGAGAUGGGCCGCUGGUCGGUUUCAUUACGUGGUGCCUCUAAGGUGAGCACGGAACACUCAGAGGGGGACUGGCCGGCAGCAGCAGCGUCCUGAAUCAAUAGUUAAAUCGUGGCCGGCAGCCUCAUUUAGUGUUGACUGGUGGAUGGAGGUUCCACCAGGCCAGUCCACUCUAGAGUAAUACAGAUUAAAGAACAGCGCACACAUGAAAAUAAAUUUUUACAUUUUAUAAGGCUACUUAAAAAUCAUCUAUCUCAGCAAACUAAUAUGGGGAUUCAAUUCCACCAUAUGGCUAUAGUGUGUUAAGCCCACCACCACUCCACACAACCCAAUACCGGUGGGUCCUACACUAAUUAAAACUAAUCUGUAAUCUGUAAUUGUAAAUAUAUAUACAUAUAUAAUGCUAAAUUAAUGUAACAAACGCAAAUUUAAAAAAAUGCAGCGUCAAAACUAAAUAAUUAAAGUGAUAGUGAUUUGAUCUCAAAUAAUAUAUAUUCUCAAUGAAAAUUAAAAUAAAACUGACAUAGCUAUCCAAAAACCUCUUCAAAUGUAUACCUUCCUGUGGUCAACUCCAAAAGGGGCCUCUGAAGCUGGGUGCUGGCCGGGUGCUCAAUUGUUUAGAUUUUUUUUAUUUGUGCUUUUAACAUUCAUUUUCACAUUCAUUAUAUAUAUAUAUAUUCACAAUGCUCACAACAGAUUAUUAAAAUAACGUAAAAAUCUUUUGCAAGCUGUUUUUAAGUAUGCUCACAAUAUAUUAAGAACAUGCAUUUUUUUAUCUUGGGGUAUAUCGACUAAACAGUGAUUUUAAAAAACAAUUGUAUUUGGGCAGUGGAGCAUUGGAUGUUAAGUGUCCAGCUUGCUUAGUGACGUGUUUGUGCUGCUGUGUACUUUUCUUUUAGUAGAAGAAAGUCCAGCAAUUUCUUUCUUUGAACUUGACCAGCUGGUGGUCCAUUCUCCUACUGAAAGAUGACAAUUAAUGGAUUGUUUUCCGUUCUCUGGCACUUGCACUCAGCAUACUGUGGAGAUUUUUCAUGCACAGACCCACAGCGUGAAUCAUUCAUAUAUAUCGCACAAACAGAAUGAGACCCUGUGUAUAAUAGACAUCACAUAGCUAUUUACUAAAGUAGGAAUUGCAGGGAAUUAAAAAUAAAUUUCAAAAUUUUGGCCACAGUAGGCGAAAAAAAAUCUCCAAGUCGAUUCUGUUUUCAGUUUGACUAUUUUGGCCCUAAAUUAGAAAUUAACAUUGAAUUCUCAGAAAUUCUCACAAUAUCCCUGUGACAGGGUUUUACAUAGGAUAAAAUUUGGAGUACACGUUCCUCACCCACCCUCGAUGCCUACUGACAUCUGUUUCCUAAAAUAGACUUUGAAAAAUACUUGCUGUUUAAAAUAUGAUUAGAUGGAAAUUAAUGGGUUUUACUGUGAAUCACAACAGUUUUGAAAAGCUGUAACUGUUUGCUUUCAUGAAAAACACGUCUAUUUAUAUCACAUUUCUUUUCGUUUAAUUGCAUCUGUUGCUGUUAGCCGAAUCAUUCUCUCUGCACGCUGAACAAAAGGAUCUCUUUGUUUUUGCCCACAGAGGCAGAGAGAACGGAAAAAGCUUGAGAAGAUAAAACACCUGGAAGAGAAUGAACAGGUAGUUCAAUCGCUAAGUUACUAAGGAUACAAACGUUAUUUCAUUUUUGUGUCUAAACACUGCUCAUUUCAAUGCGUUUCUGGAGUUGUAUUUUGAAAUAUUACAGUGUCUGCAGUCCUGUAAUAUGCGAUCGCUACUUAAUCAUUAUAUUUUUCGAUUAUCCUCUAACUGCCACCUUUCCAAAUGCUCACUUUACUGACAGCAGACCUUCCUUCCAGGUACAGGUAUUCCUUCUUUUUAAGCAGUUCUGUUAUACUGUUGGUGGCAUUCAAAUAUUUGUUAGAACUGGAAGCAAAUCAAUAUAUAGCUUUCUUAGCCAUAAGAAAAAAGCUCUAUAAAGUACAGUAGUCCCUUCUAUGGUAAUAACAUAAAAUGGGACCAGGGCCAUUUUUUAUGUUUUUUACUUCUAGAACCAUUUUGUAGUGGUUGUGGUGCUAGCAGGGUAGUGGCGCUAUCCCGUGGUUCAAGUCAAAUCAUUAUGAAGUAGUCUGACACAAAAAAGAGUUUCCCCCGGGCUUCCUUGGCCAGUGGUCUGCAAUUACACUGUUGGACAGCAUUGAUUGGAUGAGUAAAUAAAACAUAAAAUAAAAAAGUAGAUAAAAGGGGUUAAUCAAUGGAUUUUACAUGAGAUAGCCACAGAGUAAUUUGCCAAAGUGAUCCAUUUGAAAUCCAAGCUGGAUUCUGAUUGCCUCAAAAUGCUAAGUGUUGAGUCAAACUACAUGUAUAAUACAAAACGUGAUCUCUCACCAGAAAUGUAUAAGUGGCAAACUGUUGGCAUCUCUUUAUGGGAUAUAAAAUGCAGAGUUCCAUGAACAGUACAGGUAUAAAAUACAUCAAUAUAUUAGCAGUUAUUUAAAUGUGUUUUUUGUAAACUCAUCUUAAAGUGUCUCUGUCACCUCAAACCUGUCUUCCUCCUACUGCUUCCUCUUCUCUUCCUCAUUCGGAAUCAGUUCUUCCCUUCUUCAUUUUGGAUCUAUUUCUCUUUAAAAAAGAUUGUUUUCUACAUUUGACAAUCUUGACAAAGGGUGGACUUUAAGGCAAGCUCCACUAUUUUUACAAAGGAAGUGGCGCAUGUCUUGAGUUCCACCCUUUGUCAAGAUUGUCAAGUGUAGGGAAAAUAAAAAAGACAAAGUAGUUCCUACUAUGUUUUAAAGAGAAAUAGAUCAAAAAUGAAGAUUCUGAAAGAGGAAGAGAAGAGGAAACCACAGAAUAAAGGUAAGUUCGAGGUGACAAAGCCACUUUAAGAGAAUACAGUACUGUCACCCUUUAAGCUUAACCGGAGCCAACUUGCUGCAAAGAAGCUGUGAGAUUUAAAUGUGUGCCUCGAACACGCUCUGUUAUGUUUUGGCAGGAACCAGAGUGGGACGUAAACAGUGCAUUUGUUGCCAACGCUGCCAGUCACAUAAGGCCAAAGACCAGAUGCAAACUAGACAAAAAGCACAAUGACAACAAGGAGAAUGAAGGGAAAAUGCAGGAGGUAAUAAAUACAUGAGGGCAUGUUGUGAAAUGACAUCUGGGGGCCUUAAAGAUACAGCCAUGCAUGGUCCUUUUACAUCAUGGAUACAGGAAGGAAAGCCGUUCUUUGCUCAACUGUAAUUGUUUCACAUUAUUGUGCUGUUACUGUGCCAAAUCAGUAUGCAGAAAUUGCUUGUGACAUGCACAUCGGUGCAGUUACUCAGUCACUCCUUUUUCCAGAUAUUUCUAUCCACUAUAGGUAUCAUUAUGUGCACAGCGCAUUCGUAUUUCAUUUUCUGAAAGGUCAAUCUUUAUUGAAUAUUCAAUCACAACGAACAUUCAUUUUAAAUCGUCAAACUGAAUGUGUGUGUGUUUGUUUUUUCUGCAUUGUUUUAUUUACAAAUGGUUCAAAAGUUCAGGUAUAGCUCAAAAUGGGGUAUAAGGAGGACAAACUGGUCAUCCAUUAAAGGAAAUCCUGUUUUGGAACACCUGGCACACCUAAUGCACAGGCCAGUUUGUAUAUUCUUGUAAUGCCAAACAUUGGUUACUGGACACACUGGGCUUUUGCUAAGUAUAUUUGACUGAAAGCCUGGGUGUGCUACUGUCAUAGAUGAAGGAUGGAAUCCUCGGGGACAUCAUCGGCGGGUGAAAUUUCUGGCCAGAAAUGUGAAACAUGCCAAAAUAAGUACCUUUAUCUCAUAGAAAAUCAUGUGACCCCCUCAAAAUCAUAUACAUCACACAUGGGGGGAAAAGGAUAAUGCCCGUGGAGAGCAGAAUAAGUGAACAUUUGUAGUGUAGUUACAAAAUCUUCUACCAAACAGGAGCUUCUGUCUAUCACAGUUCCUGAGAUGUAUCAUGUGGGGUCUACUCCCAACGUGAACAACCCUUGUGCAUUGAGCUGUUGAUGAACUACUGUUCCCAUAUUCCUCCAUUAGUCUGUGUGCCCUAACUAUUGCUGGCAAUGUCAUGGGUGUUGUAGUUCAUCAACAGCUGCAGGCACCGACUACCUGGUCUUCACAGAUAGGGUCUUCCACCUGGUUAUGUUUGUACCAGUAAAUAAUCUAGAACUGAGUAAACGUAAUCACAUUAAGUGUACAUCGUAUCACGGAGUUCUUUCUUAAAAACUUAUAUUGUUUUGUAUCCAUAUUCUUUUUUCCCUUCUGUGCCAGAGUGACUGUGCAACUUCUUCAGUACAACGAGGACGGCACCUUGCUGGUAAGUAGAAUGCUGAGAUUUCCAUUAUAUAUCUAUGAAGGUAACCUUUGAGCCGCAUGCCGUCCAAUUAACCAAUGAGUCAUAUCUUUUGCUGACAUUUGAAUACAGAUCUAUUUUUUUUUGUUUUUAUCAACUAUUAGUUUUUUUUUUUAAUGGACCCAUUUUUAUUUCUCUUAAGGGACCUUCCAUUAAGUGAAAUUACUACAAAAGAAUUUCUUCUUAAAAUGUUCUUCUCAUCUAAAUCUCAUGCUGGUCUGAUUUCUGCAUAAUCAUAUUUUAUGAAGAAUCUAACUAUUUGUGGUUGAGCAUGGUUGCAGCUGCUGCAUAGUUUCAUUCAAAGGGAGUUUUGCGUUAUUUACAUGCUAUUGUAUGUCCAUUAAUACCAUUUUAUAUGUAAAUAUGAGGCUUACUUAUUGUUGAUUGCUGAUGAAAUUCAUUGAGAAUCUUUUUUUUUCCUAACCCGAGUUCACUCACAGAAUCUGUGACAUGAACUGGUGAUAAUUCGGAUUAUGGUAAUGGCAUCAUUUCACGUGGAAACAUAGAGUAGAAGAGUCAAUAAUGCCCCCAUUCUGCCAAGUUUUGAUUUUGAGAAUGUCUGUUCCUUAGCCUAUCUGCUUCUCGUUAAAUGUAUUCUGCUUUUUAUUUGUUUAGAACAAGGUAUUAAUUCCGUGGAAGAUGGAAACUACACCAAAGCCAUUGAAUUGUUUAGUGAAGCCAUCAGAUUAGAUCCUAAGGAUUACAGGUAUAUUUCUACAUUUAGACUCUCUUCUCUCUGGUAGUGAUAGAAUGACCUUAGAUCCAUGAUAUUUAAUAAAGAAAUUGCCGAUGUACAGUUACCUAUAUAAGGUCCACAAAGCGUAGGAACUGUGUUUAUAAUGUGGUCUAUGUUUUGGGAAUCUUGAAGUUUAGGGAGAGUUGGGAGCUAUUCACGAAAGAGUCCAAUGGACCUGAGAAUAACCUGAAAAUGAAAAUUACCUGGAAUUUUAAUGUGAUGAGAAUCAGAGCCGUAACGGAACUCUGGUACCUGACAUGGAAUUAAAGGGACCCUCUAGGCAUCAGAACCACUACAGCUUAAUUUAAUGGUUUGGGGGCAAGGAGCCUGUUCUUGCUCCUGAGCAGUGUAAACGUGCACAAACUCCCCAUUGCUUCUCUUUGAGGAAGCACUGGAUUGGCUAAAAUCAUCAGUAUUGAUGAUCUCCGCAUGGGGAGGAGUAACGGCCGAUUGGAGCCCUGGGAAAAUUAACCCCUUAAGGACACAUGAAGGAAAUAUUUUGUCAUGAUUCCCUUUUAUUCCAGAAGUUGUGUCCUUAAGGGGUUAAGAUAAGCAAAAACUGUUUUUUUUUUUAUUUUUGUUUUUUUUUCUUCCAUGUAUAUAUACACGUUUUAAUAUUUCUAAUGCUAGCGUUUUCUUUAAACACUCUUGUUUCUCUCUCUUUUUUUUUUUUUUCUAUAGCAUAAAUAUUUUUUUAAAUCAAUAUGUUGCUAUAACACAUGCUAGCAAUUUAUUGGAACCAUUUGGUCUUCCGUUAAAACCCUUUAGAACACGCAGUGCGUAAAGAUGUUGAAGACUUUCCAUAAUCCGGAAUGAACAAAUGUUUAGUGCCCACCUCACCUGGAUGUAAUAAAGAACAUUUUAUUCAAAUGUUUCAAUCUCUUUGAUCAGUAAAAGCAAUCUGAACAAUCUAGUGCACACAGCAAUGCGUUUUCAUCCAGUGACAGAACUACUGCUGAAAAUGAACUUCACCGCAUUGUUUUCAGUUACAAAAUGUGAUCUUUUUUUCCUCCUAUUGGCAGGUAUUUUGGAAACCGUUCGUAUUGCUAUGAGCAGUUGAAGCUUUACCCUAAGGCACUAAUGGAUGCUGAAAUCUCCAUACAGCUUUCUCCUGAUUGCCCAAAAGGCUAUUUCAGGAAAGGAAGAGCUCUGCAAGGCUGCAAUGUAAGAUUGUAAGGGGGGUUUUCUCAUCCAUCCACUCUGUGAAAUAAAUUAUACUUUAGGAAUAGAAUUAUUUGAAAGUGUACUUGUCACGUGAACAAUGUGACAUGACGGCACUUUGUGGGAAAUGAAAUUUAAUCUAUGCAUAAUGCUAUCCGAAUUGCUGGCAAAUCUACACACACAAUUGUGUCUUUUAUUAAUGUACCCCAUUUUUAUAGCACAGCAGUACAAUUUUGACAAUUUCUGUGAAUUUUUCCACCGGAAAAAUAUUUGAUUUCACUUAUCUUUUUUUUUACCCAACACUUAAUAUUUUCCUGUUUCUUCUAAAAUGGAUUAUUUAAAAAAAACAAAAACAAACACAUUUGGGCAGCUCCUCCCACCCCUCCCUUUAGAGUUAAUGGACCAAAUCAACUUUGAGGUCUGUCACCAUCUUACCUUUACCUCAAGGGUUAAAUCAUUAAUGAUUGGUUUAACUAGCUUCCCAUUCAGAAAUUGGAAUGAAAAGAUACUUAUCUUAUUUUUUAUUAUUGAAAUAAGUUGAAGACAAGCAUGCAUAAUCAGCAAAAAGAGUGUGCACAAUUGAUAGCAGUAACUUAGAGGAAAUGUAAACUAUUCAGAGAGUAGUGGUAAAGCAUUGACAACGAUCACUUGUGACAUAACCGUGUCUCCGAACCAGUGAUAUAAAAGGGAAAAGGGAGGGGGAAAAGAAAAAGAAACUAGACAGGUCCCCAAAACAAAAUAGACCGACAUACCAGUGCUCUCUGAGAGUAUGUAUCUUUUUUUCUAUUGGGAGCUAGUGAGAGCAGCAGAAGCAUCCAGUCCUAGGCUUCCAGACCAAGAAAGAAAGUAGAAGGACAGGGCAAUCAGGUGCCAUCUUCCAGAAUUUGGAGUAAAACAAUUCAUAAACAGUUUAUCCCUUUAAGCUAAAACGAAUCCGAGACCUUGUUGCACCAUUGCAAUGAAGUAGUUAUAAUGCCCAGAGUUCCUUUUAAGGCUGACAUGAAAAUGGUUGCAUGUCCAUGGACCCAGACCUUGAUUUUAAUGCAAUUUCAUAGAUUUUCAUAGAGGUACCAGUUUUAAACAGCAGAGCAGUGUGGCAUAUUUGAUAUCUCCUUCACUCAUUCUUUAGUUCAUUGCUAAAUGCUUUAUGUGUGAAGAGUGUGUCUUCUUUUUGACACUUUUAUAAAUAAACUUUGUUACACCCUCCUGGUUGUCAAUCAGACAAUCUUGUACGGUCACUUCCUAGUUUGUUUAGCUCAGUGGAGAUAAACUCACGAGUCAACAAUUGCCCAGAGCACCUGCCUUGCAAAGACUUCUCAUUGAGCUGCAUUGGGAAGUCUGUGAUUGGACAGCCACAGAAAGUCUAGGCGGGCUUAGAAGUGGAGGGAUUGCAACAGCUUCAAACAAAAGAACUACAACUUUUGCAAGCUGUUUUUAGAUAUACCCCCAAUAAAAAAAAAUCGUAAUAAAAUGCAUACAUGUUUUCAUUUGGGGGUCUAUCUGCGAAAGAUUUUUUUUAUUUUUAUUAUAUUUUUUUUAUAUUUAUACAGUGUCCCUUUAAGCACGGUGUAGAGAAUGUUUUAGACCUAUGACCUCCAAUGAAUUUGCAGUUCAUCUACAAAUAAUGUCAAAGAGAAUUGCAACACAUUUUAUGCAAUCAUUUUGCAUUGCCUUAAACUAUUUCUAGGAUAUAUUUGUAUGAAUUACAGUGGCCUUCACUUCUGACUCUUUACAAUGUAAAUGUUAUCCUGUUGACACAAGCUCUCAAAACAAAUGGAUGUUGAACAAACACUCAAUUGAAGGAUGCAAUUUAUAUAGUCUUACAUCAGCUAUUACAGUGAUGUUCAACCAUGGCACUGUAGAUGCGCGUAAACUACAUUUCAUAUGAUGCAAGCCAGUCUCCUUUGAACACUUCUUAUAACAGAUUCCAGGACCACUGCAGCGCACCGCUUGUUAAAUACAUGAUCCAAGACAAAAAUGUGUAUAUUAACAAAUCAAAGUAAAUUUUAUUAAAAAUAAAGUUAGCAAAGCAAAAAGUAAUAAAUAACAAUAAACACUUUUUUGUGGUACGGGACUAUGAUAAUUCCACCCUGGAAUCUGCCUUAUUUGCUAAAGAAAGAGUCAGGGAGGAAUUAUAGUAAAGAAUUACGUAAUGGUUGCUUUCACAGUCAUAUGUAUAAAGGGGUCUAUUUACUAAAAGCCUUUUUAUUUGAGCUAAUUCAGUUACUUUUAUUUGCCUCAAUGAUCUUCAAGUCAGUGAAGAAACAGAGACAAAAAUCCUUUCGUUUUAUGUUCGUUAUUAUCAACCAGGUUCAAUCGACAAUGAGCCACUAGUAAAUUGCUACUCUAAUAAAACAGCAGAGCGAACUGAACUCCCUGCUGUAAUAAAUAAUUAAAUCAAUACUAAUAGACUAACGUAAGAGUAGUACUUGUAUGUUAUAUAGGGUUGGGAGAUCAUAAUAGGUUUACGAUGGGUUGAGUGUAGCGUUCGUGUGACACGGGGUUACAUUGAAACAUCGAAUGUGACGGCAGAUAAGAACCAUUCGGCCCAUCUAGUCUGCCCAAUUUUCGAAAUACUUUCAUUAGUCCCUGGCCUUAUCUUAUAGUUAGGAUAGCCUUAUGCCUAUCCCACGCAUGCUUAAACUUCUUUACUGUGUUAACCUCUACCACUUCAGCUGGAAGGCUAUUCCAUGCAUCCACUACCCUCCUGGAUGCAGUUCUCCUGGUCUGCAUGAUGGGGGAUUCACUCAAAUAAUUCAGUAGCAAUUCCACUGUGUGUGAAUAGCUAAAUUAGCAAACUUGUGUAGAGAUUCCGUUGGCAAUGUAAAUACAGCUGAAUGCCCGAGAGGCUUGACUUUUGUUGGCAUUGCCUGGGUUUAAAUGUGAGCCAAAUGAUUUUAACUGUUUAUGAAUGCUGUAAUAGUGAUGGCUAACCUAUCAAUGCUUGGCCGGCCAGGUAAUUCACAGAUAACUCCAGCCAUUACAGGUGUAUAGAAUGAGAAUGUGCUUCAUGGUGUUGUGUUCAUGGUACACUGGACACCCUUUAGUUUCCUUAUCCCUAAUCACCUUCAUCAAAGUACCUUAUGUUCGGCCCAAUCCGGCAACAUUCCGUCUAAGACUACCUUAGAGCAAACCCCUAUUAGAUGGCUUCCCCAGCAUUAUUUGUUUCUGUUGUUGGAUGGACUGCUCCUGCUUUUUAUGAAGCAAAACAACAUUUUAAUUAUCAGGCCCCUUUUCUAUAUCACAGUUUCAAUAUUUGUUGCUAUGGCAACAUGAACAUGCUGUGAAUGCUCCUAAAUCUUUUGGGUUUUAUUUAUGUGCUUAAAACUACAGAGCAAACAACACGUUGACAUACCUCCUUAAUUUUAAUUUGCUUCACACGCCGGAACAAUCAGUUUAUGUUUUGUCUAAGUGGAAGAGCACCUUUUAUAAUCGGGGCAGGCUCCCUGCGUGCGAAUGAAUUAUAAUUUUCUUUAUUACUGCCUGGGACAUAAAUAGCUGGGAGUUUAAAUUGAGUGAAAGUGUUUAGCUGCAUGUUUGUAACAACAGAGGAUGACAUUAUUCUGGAUUUCCAUUACACAGUUCCUUCUCAAUGACGGGCAUAUAAAAGUCAGUAAUGACAUAACUAUCAUUCCUCCUACGCAGCCUUAUUAAUUCCCAGUAGAUUCUAAUGUGUUGUUAUGACAUCACCGUGUACCAGAUAUACUAUGUAUCAUUCUUACUGGAACUGAUGUCUCUCUGUGCUACAAUCGGGGAACAAGUUCUUGCUGACCGUAUGGUUGUACAUUGGCAUGGCCUCAUUAUUUCACAUGGCACUUCUUUUAAGCAAUAUGCAUUUUAGUUUUUUUUUUUUUUUUUUAUUCCAUUUUGAAGAAGCCUUACAGGCUAAACGCGUUGCGGAAAUGUUAAGAUUGUGUAUUUUUGGGCUAAAUACAGAUUUUUGGUCACUCUGUUGUGCCAAUCUUCUUUUUAAAUACACUCUUAUAUAUUUCAUUUUUAUAUUCUGCACUCCAAGAUAUCGUAGGUGGGGAUCAUACCACUAACGCUGACAUCAGAGAGCAGUUAGCUCUUAUUUAUUUACUUCUGAUAUUUUAAUACAGUGAGCACUAUCAGUUGUUUUUAUUUACCCCUUUCCUGAGUGUUGAACAUUUCCCUGACAGAAAAGAACUUACUGCAUAUCCCAUAAGCUGGGAUCAUACCGCUGUACGCCCAUCACGCUAGAGCUGGUUAUAGCUCUCAUAAAUGUGAGUUUAUUACUAUCUUUCCCAUAUUAGUGUAUAUAUUGCACUAUUGGUGCCUUUGGUUGUCUUUCAUAUAAGUGGAUUCACAUGGAUAAAGACAUCGAGGAUACUCCUGCUUAAUGCACUGUACUUAUCUUUGGACUGUGAGAUCCUUCCAUUUGGUCUUUUUAAACUGUGAUUUAUUAUAUAUUUGGACUUCCAUCUGUAUUUGGCACAGCCCUUAUCUCUUUUUCUUAUAAUUUUUUCCUGUAUUCUAAAAGGGCUUUUUAGGGUUUCUGCCCGUUUGUGAAAUAGCGCUGACUCUUCUUUUAUCAUGCAUUUUAGUAGAGUGGCAUUUGACAUGUUAAAUGUGAAUGGCUGAUGGAGGGGGUUGUGCUGCCUAACAGUUUAGCUGCGGAUGUACAAGUGUCCACACAGAGGGGGGAUGCCCUCUGAUACAGCGCUACGGAAAUUGCUGGUGCUAUAUAAUAAUUAAAUAAUAAUAAUAUGUUAUGCUUGUAGUUCACAGCUUCUGUAAGUGACAUGUUCUUGAAUUUUUUUUUUUUUCAAACAUCAUUUUACUCCUCCAGAAUAAACUGUCACUUAGGAGAAUGUUAGAUUACAUGUAAUUCACCAGAGGAGAAGUGUGUGUGUUAAGAUUAAACCGUUUAGCCUUCCUUUUUCCUGAAUUCUCAUAAAAAGAUGCAAAAUCACCCACCAAAACAGUUAGAUGCUACAAUAUGUGUUCAAUAAAGGGUUUGUUCAGUAAAAAUUGACAUUAGUCAGUGACUAAUUAAUGACUUUUAAAAUAAGUGCUACAAUAGGUGUUUUUAUAGCUUAGUUGAGUGGAUCAAACUUUAGCACAUUUGGUGUCUGUUUCGGUAAUGUUUACAAUUUUGUGAGCGUACCUUAUAACCUGUCCCCACUCACCCUGCUACUCCGGGAUUGGGCUAAAUACAGCGAGAUUCUGGGUCAGAAACAGAUGUUUAUUCAUUAAAUCAUGAAUUAUUGUUAAAUCGAGAAUAGUUGUGCUCUAAAUACACACUGAAUAGGAUGGUGUGUUCAGUCCAUCUAUUUUGGCCUCAAAUGUGUUAUUUCUUAUGCUUUUAAUGAACAGCUUAGUGAUUAAACAUAUGAGUUAGGCUGGCAUCCUUCUCAACCCUUAGCUACAAGAUAAUAAUAAGCGUUAUCACAGCCCACACUUAGUUACAGUAUCGGCACUGUAAUAAUACAUUCCUUAGUAACAAUCUUUUCCUUUUCUAAAAAGAUAUUUCCACUAGACUAAUGUAUUCAAAUAUAACGCAGAGAGCAAUUAAAAGAACAGGGUGCAUUUAACGACCUCUGUUGUUAUUUGUGAUAUAGAUAUAUAUAUACACUUUAUGUACUAGAAUAUUGCUAUAUUUUGUACCGUGGUUAUUUAUCUUGAAGGAGGCAGUCCAAUAAUCUGAUUGCUGAAUGCUCACACUGUAUGUUUUUGUUUUUUCCUACUUGUAGAGGUUUUUGGAGGCGGAAGAAGCAUUUAAUAUAGUCCUGCAGCUGGAUGAAAACUGUGAUGAAGCUUUGAAAGAGAUACACACCUGCCAAGUGAUGAAACUCAUGGUAUUAUUGCUUGAUCUAUUUUUAGCUGAUGAGCGUCAUUUUUACAACCCACAAACAGCGUUCCACGUGGUAUAUGCAAAGUGCUCAUCAAUUAUAGUUAAGUUAUAUUGUACAGCACCAACACAGCUCUGCGUAAUGGAAUAGAAUGUAAAAAAACAUCCCAGGGUGGAUUCAACCACUUUCUGUAACAGAGAUAAGGGAAAAAAUAAAUAUUCUAUACUAUUUACAAAUGACGAAACAAAAAUGUUGCACUUUAGUUGUAGCAAAUUCUUGGGCUCUGAUUUCCCUUCAAUGGCAAGCUAGUUAAAGAGGCACCUACAUUUGUAGGGAACGGUACUAUUGAAUAGUUAAAGGAUCACUAUAGGGUUAGGAACACAAACAUGUAUUCCUGACCCUAUAAUGCUAAAAUCCACCAUUUUGGUGGCUUGCAUCCCUCCUAUAAAAGUUGAAAACUCUCCUUAUUUCCAGCGCCGCGCGGGUUUGGUGUCGCUGGCGCCGCCAUCAUCAAAAUGCUGAUUUUGGAUUGGCUAAAAUCGGCACAGGGACGAGGCCAAAUGCCAUUUUGGCCAAUCACUAUUUAACGAAAAACCCAGAGGUAGAAAAUUGGUCUUGUCAUAUAAAGAUUGUAAGUUUAAUGCUUGCAUGGCGAUUUAGUUUGCUCAUUCAUGUGCCUAAUAUCAGUUAUUUAUUUCUCACUAUACCUUAAUAUAUUUUGUGAAUGCCCUGAUUGAAACUUAGAUUAAAUUACAUGCAUUUCAUUUAUUGAGUUCUGUGGGAUGAAGAUGCAAGAGUGAAUAGCUCAAUGUUUGUUUUUUGUCUGAUUUAACAAAAAUCAUAUUAAGAAAAAUAAGUAGUUAUUCCCAGUGAAAAAACAAGAAUAAUAGGUUGCGCUACAUAAAUAACAAAUGGAAAGGGAUAAAUAUGUCUAAUACUUUAAAACAUAAAUAAAGAGAAAUAUAUAUAAAAAGGAUUUAAUAAAUAUAUAAAGGAUAUAUAUAAAAAGAAUAAUAGUCCAAAUUUUGUUAUAUACUAUUGAUAAGUUCAAAUGAGUGGGUAGUAGUAACAGUACUUGGUAUAUUCCUCUUUCAGGUUCCGAUAAGUCUUUGGGGAUAGAGAGUCCAAUAAGAGACUGGAUCUUCUAGUCUUUAGAAGAGUCUUGAUUCGAAGGUGAACAUGGAAAAUAUAAACCACAAAGACGAUCCAAUAGUGUAGACUGUCUGUUGUAAAAAAUAAUAAUAAUAGAUAGGUAAUACACUCACCUAUUUUAGAGCAUAGACUCGCUCUAGUGUGUUGGGCGUUCAGUGGCGUUUAUCCCCCACUGGUAGGAUAUAGGUGAAGGUGAUUCCUCGGUUGUAGAAAGGAGAUAAAAGCAAAAUAUAGUGCUCACUGAAUAUAAAUGAAAAAAGAUAAAAUAAAAGAAUAAAAAUACUCACAUUUAAAUGAGCAGGAUAGACUGCUCAGUAUAUUCGCAUAGGUGGUACAAUCCCCACCAAGGAUUCUUGGUCGUGAGUAGACUCCAAGUUAGUAAAUGACCAGGUGACAGGAGAUUUUAAAAAAUAAAAUAAAAAGGUAUAUGGCAAGAUUGCUAUAAAAAAGCCACUAUUCCUUUAUUAGUACAAUAAAAAGUAUAUAAAAAUAGCCAAAACGCGUUUCGCCACACAGGGCUUUAUCAACUGGCAAUAUUAAAAAUCAGCCUGGUACAUAGAUACUUAUAUAACCUUUGAUAAAACAUGCUUAUUCAAAUUUUGGCGCCAAAAUGUCGUCAUCAAUACAAUGUGUAAAAAGCAAAAUCAUAAAAACAUAAAAAUACAGAAUACAUAAUGUUUAUAAUACAAUAUAUAAAAUAAUCCAGUGGGGGAUAAACGCCACUGAACGCCCAACACACUAGAGCGAGUCUAUGCUCUAAAAUAGGUGAGUGUAUUACCUAUCUAUUAUUAUUAUUUUUUACAACAGACAGUCUACACUAUUGGAUCGUCUUUGUGGUUUAUAUUUUCCAUGUUCACCUUCGAAUCAAGACUCUUCUAAAGACUAGAAGAUCCAGUCUCUUAUUGGACUCUCUAUCCCCAAAGACUUAUCGGAACCUGAAAGAGGAAUAUACCAAGUACUGUUACUACUACCCACUCAUUUGAACUUAUCAAUAGUAUAUAACAAAAUUUGGACUAUUAUUCUUUUUAUAUAUAUCCUUUAUAUAUUUAUUAAAUCCUUUUUAUAUAUAUUUCUCUUUAUUUAUGUUUUAAAGUAUUAGACAUAUUUAUCCCUUUCCAUUUGUUAUUUAUGUAGCGCAACCUAUUAUUCUUGUUUUUGCCAUUUCCUUUUUGAGGACUUUAGAGGGAACCUCAUAUUUAUAGGUUGCAGCUCUCUACUUGACUAUAUCACGCAGCGCUGAUCCGUUCUCUACCUGUAUCUAUUCCCAGUGAAAAACCUAAACGAACUCUAGAGUGUUAGGAAUACAAAUCUGUAUUCUUAAUGCUAUGGUGUCCCUCUCCCAAAUAGGUCCCUUUAACCCCUUAAUGACCAAAUGUCUGGAAUAAAAAGGGAAUCAUGACAUGUCACACAUGUCAUGUGUCCUUAAGGGGUUAAAAACACCAUAUUGUGCUGAUGAAACUGUGUCUUCAAUGUGCUGGUCAUAUGGCUGGCACGCAAAGGAUUAGGCAAAUCAUUUAUUUAUUUUUUUGUUUCGUUUUAUUACUUUAACAGCUAUUUUGACUUGACAUAUAAUAUGAGUCCAAUAUUUCAUGAGGUGGUAGAGAGAAAGGAUGGAGUUACAUUCUAUGAGUGGAGUCUGACGAUCUCCCACCACCUUAAAACAUCACCAAUUGCCACUGGGGUGUAGGGAAUUCUAGGAAAUGUAUUUGUGUACAGAAUUCUCUGAGUGGGGGAACUGGUCAGACUUUCAUUGUUUUAAUUUUUAAGGAACGGGGGUUUACGCAGGAACAAAGUAUCACUUUACUGGAGAAAUACGAUUCGGUUGCUGCUGUCCUGGAAGCGCCCAUAUCUGCUGAAGGUACAUUCGUAACUGAUCCAUGCUUUUGUAAGACUUGCUAAUUGAAUUAAAGCUAAGUUGAUACGUGUAUUAAUCAGCCUUCUUUUAUCUUGAUGGAUGAAUCAGUGCUACAGAGAAAUGUGAAGAUAAUCCUAGAUGAAUCCAUAGAAGAUGAUACAUUUUUCCUGAAUCUUCUUUCUGAGUAAGUAGAACCACAUGUCGUAUGUCCAAACAAGGUAAAUCUGCUUCAGAUGACAGUUGCUUCUGUGUGUUUAGAGAGAGUCUCUAUGUACAGCUACAGCAGAGUAAACCAGUUAAUACUAAUCUCGGCACUGUAACAGUUUGUGAGCUACAUUUCCCAAGCUCCUCAUCUGUCCUUUAGGGAACUGCAGUUCAUAAACCUAUGGAUUACAUCAUAAGCAGCCAUUGCCAUAAACCAUUGGAAGCUGAUAUUGAGUAUUUAUUCGGGCAGCUCAUGGGAAGAAUAGGAUUAUGCGGUAUUUCUUGUCUACCAUAAAUUUCUUUAAAUUGUUUUUACUUCCAUUUGCAUCCACAUAAUUGUGUGUAUGAUCAUGCAGGCUUGUUUUUUUUUUAAAUUUUAUUUAUUAUAUUUGCAAUACAUACCCUCAACGUAUGGGGUGAGAAGGGUAAAAAUGUGCAAAAUUAUGUCACUGUUGCCCCCUAAAUGAAGCAGUCCUUCCCGAAAAGGGGUGCAGACUCACCCAAAUAAUUUUAUACAAUUAUUGCUGGUUUAUUGAAUAAGCUAGGAUAGGGAAUGCCGCCGAGGCGGUUAUUAAACACACUUAUGCAGCACCUCUAGGUGACAUCACCCCCCAUAUGUGUGACAUCAUCACAUGUUGCUCCCUUCUUGCUCUUGUGUGAUUCAGUAUCUGCAUAGAUAUUCCUGUGUGAGUGUAUUCCUUUCAUAUGUCUCCCAUGUAGCUCUUGCACAGAACACCACUGACGUUUUAUUUAUUUACACUGUAUGCUCUGCUUGUGCCAGUUUGGCUUAUAAAAUAAAUAAAUGAAAAAAAAAAAAAUUUAUAAUAUGUAAUGUAUACAUAAACAUUAUCCCAUAUAUGACUUUUAGCUAGAUAUUGAAUUCCAGGUGAUUAAUAAUGUAGGCUUUUUGUGCAUCCCGGUGUCUGGCCAUCUUUGUGAGUUUUACCACCAUGUCAAUUCUUAAUCUAAGAUAAAAAAUGACCUACAGAAUUGCACGAUGCACUGGACUGCAGACCUUGAAACAUUAGAAGAUAAAAUAUAUAUUCCCCCUCGAUUACCUGUGCAUGGGGUUCAAGCUGUUGUUUACCCCUAAGCAAUCACUCCAGUACCUACUUCCAUGUACAUGUCAAUCACUGCUUCAGAGUGGAGGGCUUUGUAGAAUCAAUAGUAAGCAUUGCUGCCAGGUCAGUAUUCUGAAUCGGAACACGGAGGACUAGCAAACAUGUAGGAGCUAUUUAAUUUUUAUUUCUGUUAAGCCAGUAUUGCCACUGGGAGUCCUUUUAAAAUGAAGCCAAUAGAUUAACAGAGAUUGCGAAGAAUCAUAAAAAGUUCACUUCCUUCAGCAGCUGCCUUCACGCCAGUAUUAACUUAUUUCUUUCACAUCUCCGUCUCUACGACUUCUUAAAAUACAUGUAAACAACUUUAAUAAACAAGGGGGUAGUGUAAUGCUGCAGAAUGUGGCUUUCAGGUCCUGGUUUCUGUUUCUAUAUACACAUUCUAUACUCCCACCAUCUCCUCCCAAUCACGUUCAGUGUAGGCUACGACCUUACUUUAUUUUGACUAAAUAUUACCCUUAUCCCUGAUUGGCUACCGAGAGCCUACAGAGAAUUGACCCUUUCUCCUGAGUGUCCUCAUUGCUCUAGUACAAGGAAGGAUUCUACUUUUGCCAGAUAUUAACAUUUGUUUCCCUUUCGAUGUCACAUAUAUAUAUUUAUAAAUAUCUACAGUAGGAUAUACAAAAAAACAUUUACUUUUUUUUUUUAUUUCCCCCCUCCCCCAAGGCAUAACUUACUUUUUUUCAAUCUAAAAGCUGAACAGAAAUUGAGUUGGUGUCAGUCUUAAAACUAAAAUGACUAAACUUACACCUUUUUAUUAACUUAGCAUUGAAUUAUAGUGCAUUGAAAACUAAAUUGCAAAGUUCCACAACUUGGCUACAGUAAGAAGUAAUAUUUUAUUAGGAAUUGUUUUCGACUUGUCGGCCAGCCAACCAGUAUGUAUUAAGAAGCAAACAUUUGGCUAACCAUUUCCGUGCCAGAGUACAGAGCCACACACUCGCCUUGUUUAUGUGUAAAGUUGUAAGACCUGAGCUGGUUUACUUUAAGAAAGAGGCUGUGAACCAUACCACAAUCUGAGUAAACACAGCCCAUGCUACACUAAUCUUUAUGCUCCAAUAAAACAGCACUUAAUGCCUCGUUUUAUUUCAAUCUGAAGCGAACACACGAACCAUGCAUGUUGAAAAGGGCAUUUAUACAGUUUUACUUAGAUUUUUUUCUUCUGUUAACUGGGAUGUUAUAAUUGCCAGCCUGGGUCCUGGUACUUGCUAUUUAACAUAUUAUACGAUUCUUAGUGUUGUUGAAGAUUUCUCUCUCUUUAUACAGAGCACAGAGUUCAUCUUUGUGGGUUGGUAAUAUCACCGACCAGAUUACAGAAAAACAGCUGAGAGACCUGUUUAAAUGGUAAGGAUAUAAUUGUGUUUGGUAUAUAUUGAUAACAGUUAUGUUAAAAUAAAAACUGAUAACACAACAGAAGGAUAGUGGAUCUUAACAUGUUCAUUUUAUCUGUGUUCCGAUGUACCCUUUACCUCAUCAACUUUUUGUCCAUUGUGUCAGUUAUAGUUGGUUAUAUAGAGAUACCUUGCCCCUGUAUCCUUGCGUAUAUAGAUACCUAGCCCCUGUAUCCCUGUGUAUAGAAAUACCCUGCCCCUGUAUCCUUGCGUAUAUAGAUACCUUACCCUGUAUCCCUGCGUAUAGAGACACCCUUGCCCCUGUAUCCCUGCGUAUAGAGAUACCCUGCCCCUGUAUCCCUGCGUAUAGAGUACCCUGCCCCUGUAUCCCUGCGUAUAGAGAUACCCUGCCCCUGUAUCCCUGCGUAUAGAGAUACCCUGCCCCUGUAUCCCUGCGUAUAGAGAUACCCUGCCCCUGUAUCCCUGCGUAUAGAGAUACCCUGCCCCUGUAUCCCUGCGUAUAGAGAUACCCUGCCCCUGUAUCCCUUGCGUAUAGAGGUACCCUGCCCCUGUAUCCCUUGCGUAUAGAGGUACCCUGCCCCUGGAUCCCUUGCGUAUAGAGGUACCCUGCCCCUGGAUCCCUUGCGUAUAGAGGUACCCUGCCCCUGGAUCCCUGCGUAUAGUGUCUUAAAACUGCAUCAAUUUGUGAAAAUCACUGCAGAUGUAUAUUCUUCCCUCUCCAUCAAAUAUUUCAUCUGAGCAUACAGAUACUUGUACUACUAUAGCUUACAGCAGGGGUUUCUUAGACUUGUCAUUCAGCUUUUCUACACUAUGAGCUAAGCUACAACUUCAAGAAACCUCUGACAGCUCCGCGCUGUCAUACAAAGUUAGCACAACGAGUAGGCCAAGUUACUUCUUGGGCUGAAAAGUUACAGGAAAUUCUGGAAUCUGAGUAUCUUUUUUUAUUUUUGUAGUAGAUUUAAUUUAUUGUUUUUUAUUGUUUUGCAUCUAUUUUUGUAAUGAAGAAUCUGUGCAGUGCAUUUUCCCCAUAAUUGUAUUUCUAAUUUUCCUAGAUUGUAAACUUGUCUGGCCUUCUUCAUGGCAUGUCUUAGUCAACAUUGUUUUGCUUGUUAGUUCCAUGUUGUGAAAUAUCCCCAUUCUAUUGUAGAGUGCUGUAGAAAGUGUUAGAGCUAUAUAAAUAAUAAUAAUAGUGUUCUGUAUAAAUCGAGGGUAUCAGAACAAACUAUACUUUAAGAAAACAACACGUAAUACACGUGGGUGUAUUUAAUGAGAAAACGUUAAAUUACAGUAGAACAAGCAUAUAGCAAAACUGUCACGACCACGCAGAAUCUCAGAAAAGCCUCGAUCACGGAGCGGUUAAUGAAUGUUAACCUGUACUGGUUUAUGUUUCUCAAAACUCUGAAAUUGUGAACGUGAUAAUUCUUUGUCAUUAAAGUUGCUUAGAUGUCAAUUCCUAAUGACUAUUGAUCACAGUGCUUGUCACUAGACCUGCUUCAGAUUCUAAUCUGUUUAUUGAGGCGACUGAAUUGUACCUGCAGACUUUGGUAAAAUGUGGUGGGUUCAUUAACUCUGCUUCCCCACAUAAUUAGCCAUGAAAUUAGCACUGUCGUUAUUAGUUACCAUUUCUUUGCAAGAGCGGGCAGAACAACAGUGCUUCAGUAAUGAAUUCUUUAAAUGGCUUUUAAACAGGUGGAGGAUGUUUUGUGUAUUUUUAAUGACUUGGGUGAAAAAAAAAAUACUUUGAUCCGUGUGUAGUGUUCUAACUUUAUUUAUUUUUUUGUGUUAAUUUUGUUUAGUUAUGGAGAAAUCCACAGCAUCCGACUCCUUGGUGAGAGAUUUUGCGCGUUUGUCAACUUCAAAUGUCCUGUUGCGGCAGCCCGAGCUCUUGAUGCUUUGCAGGUAGGUAUCUGAAAGCACUGCUGACGGGUGUUGGUUGAUUAUUUAAUUGCAAUAUAUUUAUUGCAGUAUGAUUUGGGAUAUCUAACAAUCAAUGUAUAAAUUAGUUGACACAAUGCAAAGGAACUCUUUCUCAUUCUUCAUUGCUAGUUGACAAUACAGAACUCUUUAUACCAACCGUCAUGAUUUGCUCAUGCCAUUCCCACUUGCAGGACAUAUUACUAGUCUACAAGCUCAUUCAACCAAUGCCCUCAUUUUGUGCCAUUUUAUGCCAUGGUUGCGUUAUAAGCAAUUAAUCAAUAAUUCAGAGCAAAGGAGAGCAUGUGUAACAUAGAAACAUAGCAUGUGGCGGCAGAUAAGAACCAUUCGGCCCAUCUAGUCUGCCCAAUUUUCUAAAUACUUUCAUUAAUCCCUGGCCUUAUCUUAUAGUUAGGAUAGUCUUAUGCCUAUCCCACGCAUGCUUAAACUCCCUCACUGUGUUAACCUCUACCACUUCAGCUGAAAGGCUAUUCCAUGCAUCCACUACCCUCUCAGUAAAGUAAUACUUCCUGAUAUUAUUUUUAAACCUUUGUCCCUCUAAUUUAAGACUAUGUCCUCUUGUUGUGGUAGUUUUUCUUCUUUUAAAUAUAGUCUCCUCCUUUACUGUGUUGAUUCCCUUUAUAUAUUUAAAUGUUUCUAUCAUAUCCCCCCGUCUUGUCUUUCCUCCAAGCUAUACAUGUUAAGAUCCUUUAACCUUUCCUGGUAAGUUUUACUGUGUAAUCUAUGACCCAAAGAUGUGUUACCUGCUAUAUUUUUCUGUACUAUUCAUUUGAGUAGUUUUCUCAUAGUCUUAUGUUAACAUUUUUAAAACACUAUACACUGUAGUUCCCAAUCGCCUGCAGUGUUGAAUAGAUUGAUAUCGUCACUCCUGCAUUCUUUGUUGUGUAUUUCAUGGUAAAAUUGAGACAUCUUGCCUUAUGAUAUCAUUUCAUUUAUUUAGAAUUUGGCUUAUGUAACUGUUUUACACUGUCUUUUUUAUUUUAUUUAUUUUUUUAUACCCUUCGUACCGAAAAGGUUUCUAAUUAAAAAAAGUACAGUAACUUCACAUCACACUUCAUUCCAAUGAGGCACGUUUAUUGCAUUUCAAAUAAUAUGGACAAACAUCUUUUCUUUCACCUGUCAACAGGGAAAAGAAGUAGAGAAUACAAAGUUAUUGAUCAGAUACCCAGACAAGCCUUUCCAACCUGUGACUGUGAGCACGUCAGAAGCACAAACAAAGACAGCCUCAAUAAAGUAAGUUGUGUCUAUUGGCUGGUUCCAAUUUUAGGAUGUCAAGACAUUUACGAAUGACAACCCCUACUCAUUAAAGUUAAAGACCCUUUUGUCACUUACCUGAUUCUAGCGAUUACUCACAGCGCUGGUUCUGACUCCACCAACAAGAGCCAGCAGGGGGACCCUAUGUGCAUGCGUAGCGACCACCAAAAUCGCAUCAGGACUACCCCGUAGGAGAGCUUUGAAUCAUUGCUUUCCUAUGGGUUUUUUUUUAGUUGAUGCUGGAUGUCAUCAUACAAAGAGUGAGGAUGUGCAGCAUCAUUUAGCAGGCCAAAAGUCUACUAAGGACCCGCAGGCAGUUCGAGUGGCCGUCUGGUAGAAGUCACUAGAGUUGGAGUUAACCCUGCAAGGCAAUUAUUAAAGUGUAUCAAUAACUGCAAUAAUUAACAUUGCAGGAUUAUGGGGAUAGGGUUACUGCCCCCAGACCACUUCAAUGAGAUGAUGUGGUCUGGGUGCCUAUAGUGUCCGUUUAAGGAUUAUUUUAUGAUCCACUAUACUUUACAGGUAUGAUUCUAUCCCUGUGAAUUACUAGAUUUGGUCUGCUAGAUACAAUAGCUGGCAGAUUAUAUAAUAUAUCCUACAUGACCAGAAAUAUUUCACGUUUCCAUUUCACAGUUGCCAAGGAUGGCUCCAGCCGAGCAGAAAUGUGACAAAAUAAUCACAUAUUACUGCACCCUUAUAGAAGAUGCAAUACAGAACUAACCAUUCUGCAAUUUCAGCGGCUCUGUCACCUGGGAUCUUUGCAUAUUUUGUAAAGACUCCUGAUGGUGACAUUAUGGCAUGCGGUGACUGUAGGGAAGGGAAGAGUUUUAGUUACCUGAAGCUGUCCCUCAUGGCCACCACCAUCUACUUCCAUGAGAUCCUCUUCAGCUCCUCGCAUGUCAUUCGCCAGAAGCCUACGUCAAUGGGGCAUGAUAGAGCCACUUUAAUGUUGGUCUACAAUGGAUGUGUGACAGUCUUCUAAAUUUUAUACAUCUGUCAACAAAGAUUUGGCUGAAAAGUUUAUCAUUUGGAAGGCAAGUUCACAUUCAGCUUCUCAAGUAUUAGACUUUAGGAAGGAAACAUUGCCUGGAUUAUAUCAUAUGCAAUGAAAAUGCUGAUUUACAUUUCCAGCUAUGUAGCAAUUUGUUCAUCUACACUUGCAUGUGGCGGCCUUUCUGAAUACAUACUUCAGUUCAAACUGGUUUAUUCACUACAGUGUGAACUCAAAGUGAAUUUCCAAUUUAAGGUCAAAAUAGCCGAGCUGGAAAAAUGAUCUGUCGACUAUGCUUUCAGUUUGGCUACUGUGGCCUGACAUUUGAAAUAUCACUUUGAAUUCUCACUUUAGUAAAUCACCCUCAGAGUGUCCCUCUGGGUAUUCUACAUGUGAUAUGAAUCAGAUACAGGUGUAGAACUCCUUAUUUGCUCAUUGCUUGGUUUGCUUGCACAACUCGGGAAUGAAAAAUGAAGGUACGUCUAGCAGGGUCUGUAGUUACUGUGUGACAACCUUCGUUUAACAAAUGAAUCAUCAGCUUCCUAAAUGGGGGAGUGUAUUGUGUACAAGCGAUUGCUAAUGGUAAUAUUGACAAUCAAUGUAACAAUGCCCUAUAGCAAACGAGUACAAGUUGGCAACAUGCAAUAUUUACUUAAGUCACAAAGCAAAUGUUCUCAUUGCUGUAGAAAAACUGCUCGAUGCUUUUUUUUUCCUAACCUCAUUCCGCAGUUAGAUCACAGUGGUGCUAGCCUGUCCCUUGUUUGAUGUUUGAUAAUACAGAUCCUGCUUAUGGUUAAUGAUUAGACUAUAUGAUCAAGGAUUUUUCUUAAACAAAACAUUUAUUUUAGAUAGUUCUGUCUAUGGUAACAUGCGGUGGCUGUAGGGAAGGGUGAGUUUUACUUACCUGAAGCUGUCUCUCAUGGCCGUCACCAUCUACUGCCAUGCGAUCCUCUUUUAUGUAAUAUAUAUGUAGUAACUGCACCCAAAUGGUCAAUUUCUUCAGACAAAUUAAAACAUACUAUAUAGAAAUAAAAGCUACAUAUUGUCAUGGUCCCAGAGAAAUCACUUUGGUUUUUGGUCCUUUCAGUAUGGUACAAUACCACUUAGUGCCACUAGCUGGCUGUAGUGCUGUUGCCUGCUUUGUCAGCUUCCCUUGUAAUAGUACUGUGCUAUGGAAUUUGUUUUCGCUAUAUAAAUUAUAAAAUAAUACCAGCGUUUCCCUUUUUUUUUUGUCAGAGCAUUGUUUCUCUGUUUGUUCCUAUCCCCCUCUUGUCAACCUCUGAAGACCUUCAAACCCUUCAGGGCCUAUUAUCAUACCAAAUGGCAGCAGAAGUCCUAAUGGCCACGUAAUCCAAUAGCUCAGUCUGUGGGGGAAGAGCCAGCCGGUGUGCAAAUCCACCUUAGUUGAUUAUAGUCGACAUUCCAGGUCCUGGAAUCCUGAGUUUCAUGGACCUGGUAAAGCAUCUCAAGAAUUCUAAACCAAUUCCUAAUAUCCUGAGUAUCCUGAACCUAGCCUCAGUAUCCAGAAUAUCCUAAUGUCCCAAGGCUCCUGAACCAGUUUUAUGUUUCCCAAAUGUCAUUGUUUCCCAAGGGUCCUGAACCUGGUCUCAGUGUCCUAAAUGUCCUAGUAUCCCAAGUGUCCUAGUACUAAGAGUGUCCUGAAUCUUGUUCCAGUAUCCCAUGUAUCCUGAACCUGGUGAUAGUAUCCUAGAUGUCCUAGUAUCCGGAGGGUCCUGAACCUUGGGCUCCGUAUCCUAAGUGUCCUAGUAUCCAGAGUGUCUUGAAGCUAGUCUUAGUAUUCUAUUCUUCAAGAACCUGGCACUAAUAUAGGGAGUGUCCUGAACCUUGGGCUUCGUAUCCCAAGUGUCCAUAGUAUCCCAAUUGCUUAAAUGCCAAGUUUCUCCUGUUCUAUUUUCUCACAUGGCUAUUUACUAAAGUGUGAAACAUUGGGAAAUCAAAGUGAAUGCUAAGUAAUUUUCAAUUUUAAGACCAAAGUAGCUGAACUUGAAGCCUAGCUGGCCUGGGGACAUUUUCCCAUUUAAUUAACUGGACCUUAAAUUUUAAAUUUACUUUGAAUCCCUGUGAUGUAUACAAUAAAACUUACAGAUUAAGAAACAGCGUACCCAAAAAAUAUAUGGUUUGAAAUUUUGCAAGGAUACUUAAAAUCACCUAUCUUUGCAAACAAAUAUAGGGAUUGAAUGACACCAUAUGGCCAUAUUGUGUUAAGCCCACCAUAUUCGUUUGUUAUGAUAGGUAAUUUUAAGUAGCUUUGUAAAAUGUAAAACUGAAUUAUUAUUUUUUGUGUGUGUGUGCUGUUCUCUAAUCUGUAUUGUGUAUAUAAUAUUAUAUUUACACCUGCACCACUACUUAGAAAUGCAUAUUCUGGGUGUAUCCCCCAAUUACCAUAGUUUCUGUAUACAAACAACUGACAUAUUUUAGAGAUCCACUGCAUCUUGCUUAGAUGGUCUUCAGGGGAGAUCUUUGAACACUUUCAUCAGCAGCCAAGGAGACAGUCCUUAGAACUGUACUUAACAAAAACAUGCUGUCACGAAUAUACUUUUCUUGGUCUUGUAUAAAUUAUGAUGAAAACGCACCUCUCUACUGGAAACACAUAAUGCUACAAAGAAAAACAGCAAACGUCAACGCACUUCUUCUUAACCAUUUUUUUUUUUUUAAAUUCUUAAACAAAUGAUCCUGUGUAAAGUUCAUGCUGGCCUCUGGGGAGCAGCUGUUAAUAAACAAGCCACCUCUUUCAAAUUGUUUUCAUUUUUCUUACCUAGAGUCUUAAUCGUUUUUUGGCUUUUUGAUCUUUUUAUUUAUGCUCAGAGACUAAGCUAAACCUAUGUCAUAUAAAGUUAUUUACACACAUUGUCCUUAAAUUAAUGUUUCCUUAACUAAAGCUACUAAGUCUUGUUAUCCAUAAAUUGUACAUAAUGGAUUGUUAAAACAUAAAUGUUUAGGCCAGGUGUCUCAAAAGGUCCACGCAGCUGUCAGGUGAAAGAAGUUUUGUUUCAACCUUGUCCUAUUUAUUUGAUAGGACAAGGAUGACCAACCAAUUGAUAGCAAACCUUCUGUUCUUCAGUAAAUAUUUCAUACUAUCCAAUAAAGGUGAGCACUUCAUUAUGAUGACCGCAAAUUUUCAUUAUUAGCAGAUUAGUAUAUAAAAAAGAAGCAAUGUUUCAGUUCAAUGUUCAUCAUGUAUGUCCGGUAUCUAGAUGAACAGACUUUGUGUGCAUGUGGACCUUGCCUAAUUUAAUCUACAAUUUCUACUCCUAUGCUUUUUUUGGGGGGACAGAAUGCAAAGGUUGCCCGAUGAGGCACAAACAUACAGAAUCUUCCUGCCAUAGCUUGAGUUGAGGCACCUGAGAAUUGCAUGGGGUGCCAGUCUUAUUUUUGUUAGAUCUACUUACUUGCAUAUUAUUGGCUAGCACAAUAUGUAGGUAAAAUAUUAAUCUGAGAAGCUGUGGAAAGUAAUAUUUUAUUUCUUUUGGCCCUUAGUUCCAAGAAAAAAAGAGCAGUAAAGACCAGCGAAUGUUACUACUGGAGAUCCAACGGGUGCAGUUUUGGAGAUAAAUGCCGCUACAGACAUAUCCCUGAAAAUAAAGGGGUAGACAAAAAGCAGUGGAAAUGCUGAUCUAAUCAAUACUCCAACAUAGAGCAAUUUCAGAUAAAAUAUCAAGAACCAAGGCCAAAUGAUUCCAAGAUGGAUGUCUCUAGGUCUACCAGUGAUUUGAUGAAAACUUUCUGCAACUUAUCAAAUGUUCUCAAAUGAAUCAUGGUUUGCACAUCUCCUUUAUUGCUGUGGAACUUCCUUGGCUCUUAUUUCUUUGUGUUUUAACAUCUCCUCUUCGGCUCGACACGAUGAUAUCUAGAAGCGUGGAUCUGAACAUGCACUUUAAUGUAGAACACUGAACGAUUGCAUGAACUGUGCUACCUGUUACAAAUCAAGCCUUUGAUAUGCCUUGAAAUACUGGAAUUACAGUAAAACCAUCCUCCAACGUUGCAGAACGUGACUUGCUUGGGAGAACAAGUUACAAGCUGAAUUCCGGGUUUCUAACCCAUUGGUCCUAGACUUCUACUUUCACUAGUGUUUCAAAAAUAUUUAUUUUCCAGUAAUUACACAUCCAGAGCAUAUCUUUGUUCUGUUUUAAUUUAGCAUUAUUUUGCCAUCAGGCGAAACUAUUAACUGUAAUGGAAAAGGGGCCAAAAUGUAACGCCAGUCAUUCUCGGAAACAUUAUGGUCUAAGACGGUAGAUAAUAUUUUCUGAAGUGCCUUAUUUUAUACAGAUUUUUGUACAUUUGGAAUAUUCACACUGUAUUAUUAAUUGACCAGGGGUUGUUUUAAUUGUGUCAUUCUUUGCUAAGUGUUGCUGUGUGUUUUUGGCGUAGAAAUUUGUGACCCAGUAUCAACAAGUGAUGCCAACUAGUAACGAGUCUGCAACGCCCAGUCAGUCUUUGCCAAUGUAACUAACUUUCUUAUAAACCUGUUUAUUUAUUAUUGUAUGUUUUAAUUGUUUGCACUAACUGCUGCUGUGUUUGUGUGCUGUUGUGUUAAUUACCUGUACACAUGCCAACUUGGGGUGAAGGCGAUGGCCUUAAGGCUUAAUAGAAACCUGGGACCGGAUUGAAUAUACCAUUAUCGGCAGUACCGUGAAUUGUGAAUCAUGUAGAAAUGACAAAGGAAUGAACAUUUUAGGACGACAUGGGCCAAAAUAGAAAAAUGUGCCUUUUUAUUUUGCUUCACUAUUUUGGGCUGAAACUUGCAAUUCUUUGCUAAUUCUCCACAGCUUUUUAGUUACAGCUCAGGAAAAUCCCAGAACAUGCUGUGUCAUAGAACAAAUGGAUCAUUAAAGCAUCCUGCUUGGAUAGGCUUCAGGGAAGAUGUUAGAACACUUUAAUCAACAGCCUAGAUGACUUAAAGAUGUAUAAAAAAACAGAAACCCCAUUUAUGAUUUAAGUGCUAAGUUUUCUUCAUUGCUGACCUCUCAGUGUACAAUGCCUUGGAUUCCAUGUGAUCAAUAGUAAGACCCAGUAGGGAUUUUCAGAAAAUAUAUAUAUGUACCCCUCCCAUGAAUUUCACACACUAUCUUUUCUACCAAUUAACCAUGCACAUACAAAAUGCACACCAAUGUUUCUGGUUUUCAUAGUUUUUGAUUCAAUGCGUUUUUCCAAACCGAUGUCAUUAUUGUGUUUUAAAUUACUUUUCCAAGAACCACAACCACUAUAGCCCACAGUAGUUGCUAUGGUGUUAGGAUUGCUUGGCACCAUCCCACGGAAGUAGUUUAACUGUUUUGGUAAAGUUUGAAAACUUGUCAUGAACCUGCAGGAGAAGCCAGAUAUCUCCAUAGAAUGAAGCCUUCUGAAGUAGGGAAGAAUCAGCUAAUACUCUCAUCCACUGAACACUGACCCAUAAGGCAGGUUUUGUUCUACGGAGCAAUUCUAGUUCUCCUGCAGGCAAAGAUUGGAUGAAGGGAAUGCUGGUAAACAGGCAAGUUGGUAAACUGUACUAAAACAUGUUUGCCUGCUUACUAUGGUAUGGCUCCAGGGCACUAUUGGCACCAUAACCACUGCAGCAGGCUGGUAUGGUACUUGGAGUGUUCCAUCAAACCAUACGAAAACAUUUUUAAGAAAUUCCUGCAGACGUUGAAGAAUAGCAAAAGCUAAACAUCACCCUGAUAUUUGGGCAGAAAUUUGAAGUGCCAUUAUCUUGGUAUAAAUUAUCUGUAUUAUUAUUACACACUGAUCCUUAUGUUCAUAAAAUUCUGAUAUAGCUUUAAUUCCAGCAGGGCAGGGUGACCAGAACCAUACUCUUUCAGGUUAUGCUGUCCCCAACAUAAUUCCCUCCUGUCCCCAAAAAAUGUCAAAUGGAUAUAUUUAAGGAGCAAUCCGGAAACAUUUAAAGACUUGGACAGGUAUUUAAACAUAGAUAUGGGUAUGUGAUUACACAUAUAUAACACAUUUCCUUAUCACUUUCUCUGUGAUUUAAUGUUUGAAAGAUUUAUGGAUAAUUAUUAAUAGAAAUUAACUGGUAGAAAUGUUCAUAUUGGCCAUUUUAAGGCAUUUAUCCAGUACGAUUUAAGGAAACCAUUAUAUAUAUAUAGAUAUAGUUUUUGCUUCAGUAAUAAAAGAAUGUAAAAAGUAUUUACGAGGCCAUCUAAAUGGCAGAGAGCCAAUGGAGUUAUAUUCUGUUAGGAUUCAUUUUAAUAGAAAUAUAAACCCUGCCGAUGGAAGCAGUAAGUUGCAAUUCUGAUCAGACCACAUGCUUUGUUUGAGGUUCAUAGGGUCGUGUUUUGAUUAGUGUGUAUUUUAUUUUUUUAAAGGAUAUGCUUGAUAUUUCAUAUUACCAACAUAUUCAUUAAAUUGCAUUAGGGAACAUAGCGACAAGUAGCCUGCUUGCAUUGGACUGCCUUACAAUUUACAAUAAUAAAGCAUAAUUGUCAUAACAGAUGGCUCACUAGGCAGGUCAUUAUAUAAAGGGGGUUAUGCAGGUGCUUGUCAUACAAGGACCGAUUACAAAUACCUGAUACUAUAUUGCAUUAAAAAAUAUUUGGCCAUAGACUGAUGUUAUAAAAUUCUGAACAGUUUAUUUUACAUCUACCCUUUAAAAGAUAAUUUUUCCACGUAUUCCUUCAAAGUAUAUUCUGUCACACUGUAAAAAGAAGCGCACACAUAAACAGUGUAUGUCUAUUGAAUGGGUCAUGUAUACUGAAUUGCCAUAUUGAUAAUUAAUGUCAUGGGGGUAGCAGUCCGCAAUGGCUCUUGCAGUGAUCCUGUGAGACCAAUUUGUGACAUUUACUCAUCUAUUGAAGCUUUUGGGUUGAGAAAGGAGUCAUGGGAAGGUCUAGUUGACAUGCAUUAUAUGUCAUAACGGUGCCUUGUCUCAAGACAUUUGUGAUAUCAGAAUGAAGUUCUAUCAAUCUAAAUAUUACAAAAAUGAAACCAUACAUAAAAGAUAUGUGAAACGCAGGUACAAUCUAGCUUUAUUGAUUGAUUUAAAAUUACAAUCUUUCUUAAAGUUAUUACAUGGUCCAAAAACAUUAAGAAAAACAAAAACAAAAAACAGUUGAACGUGUAGAGUCCACAAAUGUUUUUUUUAGAAUUAUCCUAGACAAUAGCCCUUACUUAAAACAUCUCCUUAUAAAAUAGACAUUUAGAUUGUGCCACCCAUCCUAUAGUACUUAUCUAAUUUUAUAGCUAGCACAAGUGAUAGUAGUCUCACCUGAAAUAUGACAGAUUCAUUGUAAUAUAUGAAAUACAUCGUAAACUGUUUACAUUCUGCUGUAUAUGAAGCUUGGCCUUUGGCAAAGACAUCGUUUUUGGUAUUUUAUUAAUAUUUAAAAAUAACCAAAAUGUCCAACAGUGUUAUCCAGUAGGUACACAGAAGAGAAUAGCAAUUGGUAAAUAAAUGACUCACCAUUAAAGUGCCAGAGUGGCUUAUAAUAUAUAAUUAUAAUAUCUUAAAAAAAUAUAUUGCUAGGAAUUGUCCAUUCUAAUUCUGUAAUAAAAUACCCAGAAUUAUGAAUUCAUGAUGUUCAUGUUCAUGUUUCCAUGAUUCCGAUGCAUCAAUAUUAAGAACUGAAAGCUUCAUGUUGUGCCAAAUUAAUGAAGACUUCUUUCAUUGUUACUCUUUAAAAACACACACAAACGUUGUGGAUAAAACAGACUCAGGAUUCAUGGUUUCCAUAAAGCAAUGGAAAGGGAAUCCCAUCCAAGGCCUAAAAGGGACACUAUAGGCACCUAGGCCACUUCAUCUCAUUGACGUGGUCUCGGUGGACUGGAUGCAUGGGGGACCUCUAGGUUUUGGCAGAGGGAAGCUAUAGUGUUAGGAAUACAGUUUCACCUUAAUUUACACAGACUGAAAAUCAGGACACAAAGUUUGCUUAAGUAAUAUGUCGACACAGGUUGUUUGACAAAACCUCACAUUCCCAACAUUUUAGUCUACUUCUCCACUCCUCUCAAUGAUGUUCUAUAGCAGCUAUACAGGGGAUUGGCCUACACUGCUCACUGGAUAAAUCUGCUGUGAUAUGUCAGCUCUCAAAACCUACAAGUAGGCUAAUAUUUAAAAGAACACUCCACAUGCCUAAAGCACAAUUUUGCUGGCUUGCUUUAUGUGUAAAGAGUUUGUCCUCAGUGGAACUGAUCUCAAGCGGAAGCAAUUGUUCAGAGCACCUGCCUUGCAAAGACUUCUCAUUGAGCUGCACUGAGAAAAUUGUGAUUGGACAACAACAGAAAGUUUGGGCGGGGUUAGAAGGGGAGGGUUUGCAAAAGCUGCAGACAAAAUAUCUGCAGCUUUUGUAAGACAUUUCUAGAUAAACCCCAAUAAAAACAGGUAAUUAAAUACAUGCAUGUUUUCAGUGAGGGCAGACAUACUAAAUAUGGAUUUAGUUUUUAGGGCAGUAGAGGGUCCCUUUAAAGAUAUCCCUUACAAGGAACAGAUGAGACUGUCCAUAUGACUGCAUCAUAAAACAUCAAUGUGUGUUCAGAUUGGAAUAGUUUUGUAAUCAUCGGCUUUUGGUAGUCUUCGAAAAUUAGAAUUAGCCACAAUAAGCAUAGACCUUACUAAUGGUACAGAUGUAUUGUUAACACUAUGAUACUACAUCUCCUCUUGUCUCUCUUCCAGUUAAGGCAGCUAAGUUUUGAACGCUUUUCUACCUGUGAUGCCCACCAUCAGGCUGAUAAUCUCAUGACCUGCGGUUUGACUACAAGCUGGAUUCUUUGACCAGAAAUAAGUUUAAAUCUGGCAACCGAAUAGCAAUUAUCUGAGUCUAUGGAUAAACUGUAAUUCAGUCUGGUCGUAGAAUCUAGAUUUCGGUUUUAACGCAGAGCACAUUCCUAUAUCCACCUCUUACUGGAUGCUUGUACAUUCUAAAACCCUAAUAAAACAAGUUUAUGGGAAAGGAGAAAUGAUAUAAAAUGUGUCUCCUGAGCUGCUAAUUUAAUUCAUUCAAUUAAAGAUUUAAAAAAUUUUUUUCACAAAGCGUAGAGGCCAUUUCUGCUCUAUUCAUUGGUAAUGAUCAGUAUAGUUAAACAGCAUAUGGCUCCAGUUUAAAUAAAUUAAUAUGCGUGGUCUGGUUAUUCAUUUUUUUUUUGUAUGAACAUAAAAUAUUUUAAAAUACCAAACCACCACUAGAUGGCAGCAUCAUACACUGAUUUCAUGAUGGUACACAAUAUUGCUAAAAUGCCACUGUGGGAUCUCGAUAAUGUUGUGAGUUGCAGACUGGUGUAAGUGUUCGUUGUGUCAUAUUACAGAUGGUAUUUCUUUCACAUCUGUUAUUAUCUGUGUAAUAACUCCUGAAAAAUCCCAUAUCUAUGCCGCAAGGAUCAUUCCUGGAGCAUUUUAAAAUUGUAAUUCUUAUGCUGUAACAUUUUAUCUAUGUUUUGUUUUUCGUAAUUGUAUUUUUAAACUGAAAGUGUUAUUUAUAUCAGUUACAUGUCUUGACAGAUGUUUCCUUAUAAAGAAAAUGCUUAUGAAAAUGUGAUUUUAUUUUGCUUUACGCGUCUGUUCCUGCUAUAAAACUUACAGUCCUACACUGCAUUACUACAUCUAGAUUGG